AUGAAGAUGAAUAGAAACAAUUCCUACCGCGCAGGAGAGACAGUUUCCUCGUCGUCGUUAACCGGCGUCCACGCCACAGCUCUUUCCGGGAUCUCCGCUGCCGUCCACGCAGAAGAAAUUCGGCGGUUUCUCUGCCCAGCUAGCUCCUGUUUCCGAAAACACCCACUCCGUCGGCAGAAUACAGGUCCAAACACACGUAAAAUGGAGUGUGGUAACAGGUGAGCACUUUUACAUCCAACUGGCUCAAUAAUGGGAUAAAACAGUCAGUUUAUAAAAGUCUACAAAGAGUUUCUUUCUUCUCACUCCUCUUUAUUUUAUCUUGCUUUACUUCGUCUCCGGUUCUCUCUUAGUCCCGCCCCUUAAACCUGAUUGGUUCGGAACAUGGGGUAACGGACAUCUGAUUGACACCUGUCUACCCCAUUGACAACGCUUAAUAGUUCAUGAUGAGUUCAAUGUCAAUUCGAAAUCGGAGCGUUUACGAUAUUUAACUGCUUUUUGAUGUUUACACAGUUAAUAAAUAACAAAAGGACUUUGCUUUGUAACUUAUUUUCUCCCUGAAUUAAACACUUGAAACUUUUAUACAAAAAAGAAGAAAAAUUGGAACAAAUUAUAUAUGUUGAUACUGGUAAAAGAGGGUUUGAUUUUUAUAUAGGAUUUAUUGUCUGAAACCAGUGUGAGGGAGGAGGUCCAAGCCUAGCAGAUAAAGAAAUAGUCAUGCUUUACAAUUUCCUUUCAAAAAAUUUACUAUGAAUUAUACAUUUGACAAUGAAAAAGUCAGAAGGAUGAUAUAUGUUAUUGCCAAGAUUGGCACAAUUCAAUUGUUCCUCGUAGGAGCUAAUAGUUGUUAAUUCUGUGCAAUAACACAAAUGUAGUGGAGCCAUUUCUACUGAACCUGUGUUGCUAUGCACUGUACCUUUAAGAUACCUAUAUAAGCCAUGUUGCAUUGGUAAAUGUUUGCCAAUCCUUUUUUACUAAAAGGAUUGCACAGACUGAAGUAGAUAAAACCAUUUUGACUACUCAUGUUGUCAUCAGACGACAUGAACUUGAAAACGUACCAUAAUCAAAAAACCAAAGCUUUUGAAAUGUAUUUAUUUUCUCUUAAAAUACUGAACGUCCCCAGUGUUUACUUAAAAUAAUACCAAAACACUCAGAUAAUGGAGUAGCUUGCUGAAAAGUUUGUGUCUGAUAUGGUUUCCCUUCCUGUUCUCUUCUACUGUUUAACUCCGCACGUUCGGCCCAGUGGGGCUCAAACAUCAAAGUGAGGCGCAAAAAUAAAAACACAUUCUUGGAUGGAGGGGAGUGUGAGGGAAAAUAUUAUUCAUAACUUUGACAUCUUCUUUAGAGGGCUGAGUUUCUUUAUUAAUAACAGCAGUUUAGUAGAAAUUCAAGAACAAUCGAUAAACAUACUCAUUAUAAGAGAGCGCAGAUAUCUCAAAGGCUGCUGAGAGGCUGCUUUAGCUCACAAAACAUACAUUUAUGCGAGGUUGUUAUGAAUCUCCUUUGGGAAAAAGAAAAUAAAUGAAGAGAGGACAUAACAUGAGGAACUGUGAGAAUUUAAUAUAUGAAUAAACAUAUGAAAAACUCAAAAAUAGUAGGAUAUUAAUCUUCAGCUCAGUGAAACAAGCAUGCAGGCAGCAAUAAAAUCCUAUUUAGUUAUGAAGAUUUUUUAAUAAACACUGUACAACUUCAAUAACAACAAUAGACAACGAAUUUCACCCAAACCCGCCCCCUUCCCAGAACAAACCCCAGAGGCCAACUCUUACCUACAUCCCUAAUAAUAAUAAUAAUAAUAAUGAUAAUAAUAAUAUAAAAGAAAAUAUAAAUGCAAAUUAAUAAAAGGAUAAAAUAAUAACAAUAACAACAACAAUAAUGAUAAUAAAAUAAUAAUAACAACAAUGACAAUGAUAAUAAUAACAUAUAAACUAAUAUAUAGACAAAAAUAAAAAUGCAAAUAAAUAAAAUAAUGUAAUAAUAAUAAAAAAAUUAUAAUAAUAAAUAAAAGAAAAUAUAAAUGUAAAUAAUUAAAAGGAUAAAAUAAUAAUAAUUAUAAUAAUAAUAAUAUAUAAAAGAAAAUAUAAAUGUAAAUAAAAGGAUAAAAUAACAACAAUAAUAAUAAACACAUUUGUGAAAUAAUUUUAAAAAAUAAAAAUAAAAAUUACAACAAAAUACAUGCAGCAGAGGUCAAAUAUUUUACAAUUAAAAAGCACAGUUACUCCUGCAGAUGUGCUACAACCAACAACCACCAGCACACUAUUAACAGUACUCAUCUUGUUAUCUGUGAAGUUAUCCAGAUAUAUUUUAAAGUCAUUUUAGCAUUUGUCAAAAAGAUGGGGUUUCUUUUUUUUAUAUUGAAUAAAAUCCUAAUAUUAAAGCAUUAUUGAUCCCUUGGAACAUUUCCUCUGUUUUAUAAUGAAACAGAUAUGUUUGGAUAGCUCCAGAGCAGGUGCCUUUCUUGGUGGCUUCUCUGAGUCCGGAUGUGGUGAAGAACCAGGCCCUGCAAUCUAACAAUGGUCUCUUUAAGAGUCAGGCCACCCUGCUUUGCAACCACACGCUCAUUUGUCUGGGCGAGCCCGUAAAAAAGGACCUCUGGGUGUCUCGGGUCAGACUCCAGGUUGGGAGGCACUUUGCCAAAAAACAGGCCCUCACUUCUCUCACAAUGAAACGGUCUUAAUCAAGCGGUGUAAUGGCUGCUGGGGGCCCCUCGCCCCGCGUCAGGGGCCAGUGUUCAGAGAGGCUAAUGGGCGGAGACCUGUUUGUGUGCCUUUUUUUGAAAUCCUCCCAGGUCCCUGCUGUGAUGCGUACUGCAGGAGCAGACUGGGGGCGCACACACGCUGCAGCACCACACACACACAUCAUUUCCAGCGGAGAUUGGCACACAGAGACGCAGCGCCACGACCACUCCGCUGUGUCUGCUCGGUACUGACUGCUGAAACUUCUGCGCAGAGAGGCGGAUAGAUUCAUCCAGCUCGUCCCAGAUAGCGGAUUAAAACCACGCUCUCUUCUCUUUCUUUCCUUUUUUUCCUCCCUUUUCUCCUCCUCCUCCUCCUCCUCCUCCUCCUCCUGGUUUCGUGUUACAAAGCCUUGGGAGGGAGUUGCGCGGAGAGCCAGUUCCUCUGUUAGAAACUGAAUGACAGGAUCAUAUUGCUCGAUUUGACGUGAAGUCCACACAUUUGGAGGAAAAAAAAGAAGAGAGGAUACAAGAAAAGAGGGGAGAGAAGCUGCGUGAGGACUCGUCAGAAAAUGAAGAGGAUGUGGAAUAAUUUAUAACUCCAAUUCAAAAAAACAAACCCGAGAUAACGGAGAGAGAGGAGAGGAGAGGAGAGGGAGAGAGGGUGGACAGGAUACUGGAUCUGUCGUCAGAAACAGACGCUGAGAGGAAAGCGCAGGACGCGUUGUUUGGCUGCGAUCAUCACCACCUUCCCCGGAAAAUAAGGUAAGUUUGGAGCCGUUUUUCUCACCGAAUGAUGGAUGCAGAUGUGAGGCAGCUGGAUUAAAAGUAGACGCAGGGGAGGGAAACAUCUUCAUCGGGAGUCUUUGGAUCUCCAACUGUUGCCAUGAAGCUCCUUUUCCUUCAAAUUAGGACACCUUUGGAUACAGCGCUUUACACCAGUGGAUCAUUUGGGAGCUGUGGGUUUUGUUUUGGGGCUUUCACGCGGUGCAACUUUAUCUCCAUUUCGCGCAGAGUAAACACAGCGCAGUGCGGGCAGGAGCAGCUGGAAGGGAAUCAGCUCACGGGCUUUACUGUAGACUGUGUGUGUGUGUGUGUGUGUGUGUGUGUGUGUGUGUGUGUGUACUGUAUGCGCUCCAAAAUCACAGCACACUGAUAAAACCAUGCCCUAUAAUCUGCACUAUAUCAUAACUGUGGGUGCUGUAACGUGGCAGAAUUAUUUGUACACUGCAAAAAAUGAGACCUACUUAGAAAUGAUGACCAGUCAAAGAAGAACUUAGUGGAUAUGUUGGGAUUGCUCAAUAUUUAAGGUUUAUGUCAUUUUGACCUAUGUUAGGUUUAAUUUACAACAAGAGGUAACCCCUAAAAUUAAGAAAAUGACAUAAAAAUGAACAUAAAAUGAUAAUAAUAUGAAGUGGGGACAUUUAGUGGUGGUUAAAUAGUCUGAGGAGGUCUCCCAGUUAGACCAUAAGUGAUAAAAACAAACCAAAACAACUGUCACUUGAGAUCCAAGUCAGUGAAAUUGACUUGAGAAGCUUUUCUAUGUUUGUUUUGAUCAGACAGUAUUGUUCUUUGGCUUAUUAUCUCAAAAGCAGUCCACUUUAAAGCUAUAAAACAGCUGAGACUUCUUAGCAGAAACAACCUUUUUACAGAAUUGGCUCAUAAUAAAGUCGAGAGUAUCUUUUGGGAACAACCUUCCCUUAUUUUAAAACUCAAAUAGCAUCAAUAAGACUCAAAUAUUGUUCCUGACUUACUUUGUGACUUCCAUUGGUGGUUAAACAAAGUUAUACUGAAUAAAGACACACAAUUGUGCUCCAAAAUGGACGUAAGAGAGUUCAGCAGCAUCCUCCUAAAGAGAUUUAACAGCUUAAUGUAACGUAGUAGUUGUAGGUGUCAUAUAUGACAGCCCUCAUCCACUUCCAUUACCAUCAAAGCAACGAGUCCCUUCUGUUGCUGCUUCUGGUUCCCGCUUGCUCAGCUGACACUCAGAAAUGAAGCCCUUAUGGUGACAAUAAUCCACCGCCUUGAGAUAUUACUCUGGAGUGCUUUUUCCCUCUCCUUCCCCCUUCUGAUUUUUUUCCCUCCUUAAUGAAGUAAGUAUUAGCUUCAGUUGAGUGAUUAUUGUAAUUACCAAAAGAGGGGGAGCAGCCCGGCGUCCAGGCUGGACAGUAUAUGAGGAAGGAUUUGUGUAAAAAAAAAAAAAUAAGGUGGUUGGUUUUAGGAGAAGGAAAAGAAGGAGGUGGAGGAGGAGUUGAGGGGGUCUGCUCAGUUUACAAGCUGGAUGGUGCCACUGCCAGUUAACUAACAGACAGUGUGGAGGGAUGAGGAGAGGGGGUGCAGAUUCAGAAGAAAGACUUGAAGUGUUGUGGGAGAAGUUAAAGAAGUCGUGCUCAAGCCAUGUGGGCUGGAGGAGGCAGGGAGCGUGUGAGCGCUACUGUGCAGGAGGAACUAUUUUCUACUUGAAACGUGCGUGUGUGUGUGUAAUUUCUUCAGAAAGUUUGUCAUAGGAUUUAUUUUUCAUAAGUUGGUGGGUGAGAUUGCAACUCUGGGGCUGACAUUUACAUUGCACAAGAAGGAUGUGGCAAAGAGAAAUCAUUUUUUAUUCACUCUUUUAAUUUGUUGAACAUAGAUGACUGACCUUUAAGAAAACUCACUAGCUUUCAUAUAAAACCACAGAGUUGAUCAGAAAGGUCAGAGGGCGGUUACAUGGAGAUGUGAUGUUGAAGUAUUCCUACUGAUAUCUGCGUCAGUCCCAGUCAGAGAGAAAGCCCUGGAAAUCCAGUUUCAUCCAGAGCAGUUGCAACAAAGACAUGCACACAAACACACACAUUCACAUUCACACUCACACACACACACACAUACACAUACACACACACACUGCAGCCCUCUGGCCCCAGAUGUUAAUGCCUCCAUUGAGCGGGCCACAGGACUCCUGUCGACUUGAUCUCUUCAUUGUCGGACAGACAAUGGACUCCACAUCCUGACAGCCGGCCUCCUUCCCGUUCUCCCUCACACACUCCUCAUCCUUCUCACACACACACACACAUAGGACACAGUCAUGCAGACAAAGAACCACAUGUAUCAGACAUAAAUGCAUGCUUUUACAUGCUGAUUGCGCAUAAACGUGUCUUUCACUUGCUUUAUUUAUAUUCUGGCGUGUCGUUUGGGUGCACGUUUUGACAGAUGUUGCGUUGUCUCAGUUUCUUUCACGUCUGUUUUGCUUGUUAUGUCUCAUCUGGAUGUUGUGCUUGCACUGGGGAUGUUCUCCUCUUAAAUACUCAGUUCAUUUUCUCUUGAAAACAAAUCCUGUCAAACUUUCCGUGCUGUCUUUAAAUGCAUUCUUUCGUCAAACAGUCUUUCAACCAAAGCUAUUUUGUUUGCAACCAUCAAAACGCUGCAAAUCCUAAUGAAAAGCUGCUGAAAGUUUUGUUUUUCUCUUUAAAACAUGCGAACCCUGAAGUUAUACUUUAAAUUAGUCUCUUCAUAUACUUAUUUUUUGAUUCACAGCAUCACUUUCUGCCUGUAUAGGUUUGCACAUGCAUAUACACACACGUGACUUUACCUGUGUUUUGACACUACAGGGCCAACAUUACAUCAUGGCCUCUACACCAUUACUGCACCAGAUGUCUCCUGCCUGGUGUGUGUGUUUGUGUGUAUGUGUUAAAUUGUCAUCCCUGUGUCAUGUGCAUCACAUCAAUACAGCAGCCCACAUGGCGAGCAGCUGAAUGCGCGGCUAACGCUGCAUGAUAACGUGAUGAUUUCUGUUAAUGGAACCAAAGCUUUGCAUACAGGAGCGCUCACACACGCUGAUCAUCCAGCGGGUCUUCACGCUGUUGUGUUGCGGGAGCUCAUGAUUCUGCAUUCAUGACGAUAAUGUAUUUGAGAUGGUUGAAAAUGCUUUUUCACAUCUGCUACCACGCAACAGCUUCCCAGGAGGGAUCAUCUUUGAAAUGUGUCUUUCAUUCCCCCCCAAAAAAACGAUCUAACUCCUGCUCCCUCGGCGCCCUCGCUGUUCUUUCAAAACUUUCCCUCAGAAGCAGAUUUUGUUUUCAAACUGGUCCGUGUGUCCUGCUGUUCUCCGGCCGUGCCCUCCGUGCUCCGCUGCCGCAUGAGCAGAUUCACCCCGACGUAGAUGUUUUUUGAUGCUUCACAGGGUGUGUGUUUAAACGUGUGUUUGUGUUGAGUAGAGAUAUGGUUCAUGGCAGGCCAGAUGCAGGGUCUGGGGAGAACAGACAGAUGGGUCGUGUGUGUUUGUGCUGAAGGGGGAACAGCUGGAGGUGGGGCUGGGCCGAACAGGCUGAUGUUUAGAAGAAGGAAGGAAAGGAGCUUGUUUACAAGACCAUCAUGGUAAAUGGGCUUUGGCACAGUGUCGGGUCAAAGUGUUGCGAAGCUUAUUUUUUAUGCUUUCUGCUGUGAGAUUGUGCGUUCAUUUUCAUUCUCAAGGAGCCCUCUGUCUUCAUUGAGGCUAGCUGAUGUGUGUGUGUGUGUGUGUGUAGAGGUCAGGUGUGAUAUAUGCACAGCUGUGGACUCCAAACGACACGUCGUUGCCAGAACAGAGGCCUGGCUCACUCAGUGACCUUCACACGCACUCGCAUAAAGGGUUUUCCUGAUCAACUUUAAUCAGAGAUGAUGAGGCAACUCCUGGCACUGUUUCUGUUUCUUGGCUUUUGUUCCGAUUGAGACCAAAAAAACCCACAAAUUUUGUCACUUUAUCUAACAGGAUGUUGUUCAGUAUCCUUCCUCCCUUCAAAUCUUCUGAUCAGUCCUUAUUUCUCUUUGUCUUUCCUGAGGAGGAUGCACAUGUCGGAAGGCCCAUUUUUGGUUGUUUCAUCUGCCUACUUUCCUUCCACCAUCCGUGGUGUUGGAAAAGUUUCACUCAGCCAACAGCAGCCUCCACUUCUUCUCUCCACCCUAAAGCAAUCUCUAUGUAUGCUGUAAAUCAAUCAAAGGGGGACCAGAUAGCAGCGGCCCAGACAGCUCUGCAGAUUGCUGCACAAAACACAAACUUUCACCAGUUUGAAAGCACAUGUAGGAAUUAACGACAGGGCAUGUGGGACACAAGAUAAAGAGCGCUGGUAGCAGCACAUUAAACAGAUUUAAAGGGGAGUAAAAUGCAUAAACAUGUGUGAUUGGAUGAGGUUAAAUACAUGCUUAGUCAGGCUAAGUUUCUCCAAAAUAAAGAGUCUUAUUCAUGAAUGUUUUAUGAUGAUGCCAACACUUGCAGUGCACACGAUGAAUAGAGUGAUGGCUGCAAAAAUGCACAUCAAUGCAGCUCAUAGGUGUCCCUUCCUUGCCUGAUUUCAGCUGAUCAACAGUUCAGAAUCUCCUCUUUUUGUACUUUUCUAUCAUAGUGGGUCAAAUGUUUUUUAGUUAGGGCUGCAGCUAGGCUAGUUAGCACCAGGACUCUUCUACUACAGAGCCAUACUGUUGUCAUAUGUGUAUUCUUCCAGGUUGUUUAGGUCUUAAACAACUUUUUGAGUGUUUUCAACCCUGUAUAAACUGUUCAUUCGACAUUCAAUUUGCUGUCUUUGCAGACGUUUAAUCAAAUAUAAGCUUUGAAUGAUUUGUGAACCAUCAAAUUCUGAGUUGAUCGACGUUUUAUAGUGUCAGAGUUCUUGCAGAACCAUGAUUUCGGGUUACAAGCUGCAGUGAUACAAGUACAUUUUAUAGGUAUUUGCAGCUACUCCAUUUCAUUUGUGUACUGUGAGUGUGCAUCAAAAAGCAAACAGAAAAAUCAAGGACUGCUUAAAAAACACUCGAUUUGUAAAGCUCCUCAUCCAAACACAGACACAAAAGAUGCUCAGAAAUAGCAGGCGCCUUUAUUAGAAUCCGUUUUCUUUAUUUACUCAUGCUUUAGUAUUUGCUUGUGGCUCCUUUGUCGGCAGUAUUUUUGGGUUCUUUCUCGCUUUUCACAGAGAUGUUUCAGAUGUCUCAAAUGUGAUGCAGCUAUAAGUCCUCGCUGCUUCAAUACGACAGAAAGCACAAUGAAUUUUGGAUGCAAACUGUGCACAACCUGAAGAGCUCACACGCGCACACACAGGCGCGUGGCUCACACUGCACAGCCUCCAGCCCCCUCUCAGUGGCUUUAAGGCCUGUUGAGAAGUUUCCAUCAGGCAGUGAAGAUGGAUCCAGAGGCUUUUGGCAGCAGCUGUGAUUGCAGUUGUUCCGAGACCAGAAGCUCUUCUGCAAUGUAGCCUUUCCCUUUGAGCUCUCUCUCCCUCUCCCUCUCCUUCUCUCUCUAUCUCUCUCUCCCUCUCUCUCUUUCAUCCUCUGUGUUUGUCACCCACUCAUAGACAUAUUUUUUUCCCAUCUUUGCUCUCACUUGUUUUCGUCUCGAUUCGAGUAGCAUAAUGAGGUCAUUUUGCAUUGCAAAAGUGUAAGCACUUACCAUUUAUAUAGCUCAACUUUAAUUGGACAGACGAGUGCAUAUUCAGCCCAUUGUGAAUGAAGAGUGUGCUUUUAAAGAGGGGAUCAUAUAAUCCCAUCGGUGGGUCUCGUGCUAUCACAGCACCCUUAUUACCUCAGGAGUAGCUUUCAUGAAUCUCUUUCUUUCCUUUAAAUCGGCAGAGUUACGUCUAAAGAAGUCUUAUUGGCAAUGUUGUCAAGAUGAACAUCUUUGCCUGAAAACGUAAUAUUCUCAGAACAAAGAACACGAGGCAGUAAUAAAUAUUUGUCACUCUCUAUGAAUGAUGCAGCCCCCCUUUGGGGCAAUCAAUAAAUAAAUAAAUAAGCCCUGAGGGAGGAGAAGUGUUUCCAGGAAAGUCAGACUGGUGGAAAAUUCAAUAUGGUGCAUACUCUCUCUCUCCUGGAGGCAAAUCUGUAGAGCAAGUCUAGCUGAAUGCACCAGAUCUUUUCCCUCUUGCAUUGUGGAAGUUUUGUUUGUCAGAGCUUUUCAUUCUGACCUGUAAUUUCCCCCCUCCGUCUGCCUGAUCAAUGUAAUUCCAAAAAUGUCAGAAUGCGGUGCUGAGAGACAUCACCCUAAUCUAAUCACUGCUGUCUGAAACAAAUGAACCAGCAGAUGGAGAGUAAUCCAUAGCUCCCCUGCCAUGACGUACAGAUUUGUGCUUUUCAUCUAAAAACAACAAGCCCUGUAUCUGUCUUCAUGUGACUGGCUCAGAGAGGUACUGGAGGCUUCAGAAGACGCCUGGUGGAGCUGCUCUGGGAGGCUCGAGUCUUCUGCAUUAUUUAUGUGUUAGGCUGGAAGAGGAGGAGCAGGCCUGACCUGCUUGUUUGUUACCAGCUGACCACUGUUGGCCAUCUGCUGUCGGCCAGCCUCGCUCUGUCUGUCUCUCUUUGUCAUUAACACCCCCCACACUUUACCCCCCUGUAUGUGUGUCUGUGAUGCUGUGCUUCUCUCUGAUUAUCCAUCAAUAACUUGGUUUCUAUCCAAAACAGGACACAGAGUUGGAAAAGUUUGAUGGAUUUCUUGCUAACUUGUAAGCACAUAAAUGAAUAUUAGCUAGCAGAAGGUUUGAAACUAAGUCCCUAAACUGGUUCAUGACCUUCUGUUUGAAAAAGUUAAGUAUUUGUGAAAAAUGUAUAAAGCUAAACAAGACAGCUUAAAUACUUUGCUUAUCUUUGAGGCUUAUGAAUCAAGGAGGAUCAGCUAGCUAUUAGCUUGAGCUUUAGCUUUAGCUGGCUGGUACAUACACGGAUGGUUGUAAAACUUCAUCCUUACAGCUUUUAGGUUUUAUACUCUUUUAAAUGUCGGGAGAAAUAGUUUAAUCCUUUGACAUUAAAGGUGGGGUAGGCAGGAUCUGAGAAAGUGCCAGUUUUUGGGGAGAAAUCUUGAAUGUAAACUCUACCCCUCCCAACCAGUUUUCCCCUCAGCUCCUCCUCUCCCCUCCCUCUCUGCUCCAGUAAGCCCCGCCCACAAACAGACGCUCCUGCUCGCUCGUAUCAUUUUAAUUAAAUUCAGAUAAAACGCAGAUAAGUACUUCAGUUAAUUACAAAUGGGGCCCAGUCAAUGUGAAAGUAAAAAGCAUUGGUGCUACUGUCAAUGCCAACAGACUACCAGCAAACACAAUGUUUGCAGGACUUCUACAACUAGGAUAAAGUGACAUAGUCCAGGACCCGACAUACUCCCAGGUCAACAGUUUAGCGGUGCUACAACACGCAGUAGAUCCCACUUCUGUUACAGACACUUGGCUUACUUUGUUAAAGCGGUUUACCUGUCCAGCAGACAGGUUACAGGGUCCGUAAGAUCCCGAAGCGUCCCCCAUCAUUGUUGACCCGGCUUUUUAGCUCUUUUAGCUCUUAGCUCUUGUCCGAUCUACCUCCUUUUUAAGCGCCCGUUAUUCUGCCAUAGUCUCCGGUAUUUACUUUCUUUUCUUGCUUGUGUUGGCAGUUGUGGCUAAAAGAGGAUUCAGACAACUUUCUGUACUUUCUGGUUGGUUGCUGCUGUCCGAUAUUGUAGCACGCUAACUUUGUUUGGGUUCUGAACGACACAGGGGAGUAGCGUCCACCUCACAACCAGUCAGGAUGGGGGAGGUGGGGAAUGGCUUUGUUUACAGUCAGAAAGAGCGGGCCGCUCAAAGAAUUUAAAACGUUGACUACACAGACAUAACAAAACACAGCAAUGUCAUCCAUAACUAACAGCUAUUAACUGAUAUUAAAAGCUUUUUUGUACAUACACCACAAAAAAAAGAUGCUUCUUUAACGGAAUCCUGCCUACUCCACCUUCAAGGCCAACAGGCGUCUUCUCUCAGUUAGCUUAAUAUGAGGCUAAAGCUAGCAGCAACUGUACAGAGAAUGACUAAGCAUAUUUCAUCAUGCAGGGAUGUGUCUUUUUGCUUUCCAUCCAAGAGUCAAAUAAGGUAAAUACAGCUCCCGCUUUGUUUGUUACAACACAUCUGUUUGCUUGAGCCUGCAUUGCUGUAACACGUACCCUUGUAAAAUUGCUUUCAAGGAAAAGUUGACAUUUCGGGAGUUACGGUUUGAUAAUGUUAGCCAAAUCUGAAGCAACAGAGAGCAGAUGCUGAGCAAUUUGUCUCAAGAAAAACAGGAGACAAGCAGAGAGCUAGCUUCAUUUCCUGAUAAACCAUUAGAGCUUCUUGUAAAAGCAUCUGCCCGUACACAACAGCAUCCAUCUUUGCUGUGUCUGUGAAAAUGCAAUGUGGGUUUUUUUUCAGUCAAAGAAAAGCUCAGGCAGGGAAAUCUUCAUCAUAUUUGAUACUUGUCCAGUAAUUUCCUCUUCAGAUAACAGCUGGACUUGUCCUUCCUGUUUCAUCCUUUUUCCUGGGUCUGCCUGCUCCUGGCUCUGGUUGAAAUCAUAAAGCUGGAUUGGGGAGAGAUAGUAAUAUGCUCGGCCAAAACCCUUGUCAGUGAGCCAACUGUGUUUCAGGGGCAUCGUGCGAGGUAUUUAGUAUGUUUUCAGAGGCCCCUGAUGCGCCUGUUUGCCGGCUGCUUGUUGUUUUGUUUGUUCCGACUCAGCAGAUGUUUUCUGGCUCAGUUGUCCGCGCUGUGUUUUGUGUACAGAGGACCGCGGAAUUGUUCUCUUUUUUGUUAUUCUGGUUUUUGUGACACGUCAAAGCUAUUUGGAGCCAGCGUGAAUGCGGAGGUUCCCAUUGUUUACAGUCAGUGGCAGCGUUUCUUUGUGCGGAAAUUCGUGUGGGUGAAUGUACUUUGCAUAGAAUAUAUGCAUAUUCAGCUUUUGCUUCUUGCUCUUUUUAUUGUUUCCUGGAAAGUGUAUGCACAUGUGAAUUGGAUACCAGUGGAUAAUGAAAACAACAACAAAAUAAUGCAUGCUUGUGUGGACUGAAUAUGCAAUUUUAUAUUUGUGUCGAUGUGCGUGAGAACAAUGAUGCAGAUGUGGUGUGUGCAGUAGUGAGUGUGUGCCCUGGAAAAUGGGCCCCUUCCCUCCCUCCCUCUUUCCCGUGCUAACCAGAGCAUGUUAGUUUGUUUUUAUGACAGCCUUUUUUUGGCAUUGUUCUGGUCCGGUAGAGCUCACCCUCCCCACCGUGGGACUGGCCGUUAGUGGGCAGGAAGUGCCGGGAGCGCGCAGCAUGAGCACACACACACACACACACACACACUCAUACUGUAUCCCAGCGUCCUGCACACACAGCCCCUCCCAAGCUAUCGCCCCACACUCCUACAUAAAGUUUUGAAAGGACAAUAAAAAGUUACCCUGCGGCUCACAGGCUGGUAAGCUCCGGCUUAUCCAGGAAGGAGCUGCAGCCGGGCUAAUGGCCUCUCUCCGGGGUAGGCACUGCAGAGGGGCCCAUGCAGGCUUAUCAGCAGCAGGAGGGCCCCUACACGGCUACCCUAUUUGAGCUUAGCUGAACUGUGUGGGAGUAGCUUAGCAUUCGUAGCUGGUGGGAGAUAGAGAGCUACCCUUGCCUAUUUCCUGUUGUAGUUUUCAGUGUUAUCUGGGCGGUGUAGGAAAAUCAAAGUUAUCCCGCCUUAAGGAAAACAGAGUUUACUCACUGUAGCGCCUCUAAUUGGAAAUUAAAAGUUAACCCGGUACGCCUGUGCAUGUCAAGUCUGGCUGGGAAGUCAAUGCUGCUCUUUAUUGUUGAGAAAUCAAUGAUAGACUCAUGUGGCUUUUCUUCUCAGAGAGCACUUCACUUUAGUACCAAGGGGCCCUUUUGGCAGGUGUGAAGAGGAUAGCGGUCAAUGUGUGAAAAAGCCUUUGAAUAUCUCUGCAGCUGAGGUGUAUUUCUUGUCUUUCAUUUAGAUCUCUCUAAAUGAAAAGACGGCAGGAUGUGCAGAAUAUGACUGAAAGUGAGACGAAGUGACUGACUAAUCAGAUUUCGCCUCAUAGAUCCCGGUGAGAUGACUCCGGCGUGAUCUGAGCUCAUGAGUCACUGCUCCCUCGCUUCGCUUAUAGUGAAACGGGAACUGAUGCUGCGCUCAGAGCAGCUGCUAACUCCACUGCAGCGAGUUAACCUGUCACUGUUACUGUCGCCUUGUUUGAAAGAUCUGCUAAACAUGAGACUCCUAUUUAACCCUGAAUGCAAAGCGAAUGCAGACUGUGCUGCAGCAUGCCAAGAUAUACUGAACCUGCUGUUUGUUUUCGUUGACAGUGUCGCCUCCUUUUCUGCUUGCCUACUUUGCAUACUGCUUGUGAUAAAUGUUAUUAGAUGCUGAGAAUACCACACACUGUAAUUACUCAAUGCAAAUAGGGGAAGCAGAUUGACAUAUAGCAGGGUAAAGGACACUGAUGGCAUCUUUAAUAGGAUAAAACAAUGCUAAAUGUCACUGUCAUGGUGGCUUCAUGUUAAAUGAAUAUGCCAGCUGUCUUGUGUAACCAUCCAUCCAUCCAUCCAUUAUGCAUAUAGCUUAUCCGGUUCAGGUCACAGGGGGUUGUAGACAACCCUGGCUGUCAUUGAGUGCAAGGUCGGAAACAUCCUGGACCAGUUGACAGUCAAUCAAAUGGUAUGACACAGUGAUCAACACAGUGAUCAUGACUUUGGACUUCGUGGGAGUGAGGGAGUAAAAGGCCAAGGAAGAGGCCAUGCAAACUCCUCACAGAGGGGGGCCCUGCCUAACCAGGAUCUGAACUAGAAAGUCCUCUUACUAUAAGACUAAUUGUACCAACCACUGCACCACCCUGCAGCCUGCACAGUAGGAACCUUCUGCUGGAAACCAACGAGUCUUAGCUGAAGCAAUUACUUUUCACUGCUUUCACCAAAACAAAUUAGAACUGAAACUUCAAACUUUAAAAUUUAGUUGCAGUAGGAGUGGGAAGAAUCCGCCAAGUAAGCACCAAACUGUCAUUGUACAUAAUGGCUCAAAAUGGUUUUGUGUGUAUGCUCCAGUUCAGUUAAGUGUUUGGACUUGCAUGCACACUUUAAAGGGAUAUUCCGGCGUAAAAUUAAUUUAGGGUCAAACACACCGUAACACUGAGUUAGACACCCCCUCAAGAGAUGAAUGUUGCCGACCGCUUGCUUCUCUAGUUAUACCAACUUUAGUAAUGACCGCAAGAUAGCAAUACACAGCGGUCUAUGGAACCACACACAAAUCUAAACCAAAACGCCACUCUAUAUCCACAAAUAAUGCUCAGAACAGCACCUAACCUCAUCAACAGGACAUAUAGGGCCAGCCACAGCACUAGCCACCAAACAUCUUCUUAGCUUUCUCUAAUUUCUCUAGCAAAGAGACUCAAUGAAACUCACCUACUCUCUUCCAGCAGCCGCUUGUCUGUAGUGAGACCUCGGGCCAGUCCAUUACGGACUGCUGCGGGGUGUCGCAGCUUAAGGAAGAACGUUUAUGAUCAUUUCUUCAUGGAAAUGCAAUCAGACCGAGAUGCUAAAGCAGAAGAACAACCGCGUCUGCAUGGUGAUUAUUACUUCAAGGAAAUGAUAAAGAAAUUAUCAUAAAUGUUCUUCCUUGAGCUGCAUCACCCUGCUGCAGUCGAUGGACUCACCCAGUAGUCUCUGUACAACCAAGUGACUGCUGGAAGAGAGUGGGUGAGUUGUAUUUAGUCUUUUUGCUAAAGAAAUUCGGCAAAGCUAAAAAGAUGUUUGGUGGCUAGUGCUAUGGGUAGGACCCUAUAUGUACUAUUGAUGAAGAUAGCUGCUGUUCUGAGCAUUAUUUGUGGAUAUAGAGCGGCGUUUUGGUUGAGCGCGUGGCUCUAAGUAUUUCUAACCUGCAGUCAUUACUCAAGUUGGUAAAACUGGAGAAGCAAAUGGUCGGCAACAUUCAUCUCUCAAGGUGCCGUCUAACUCAGUGUUGCUGUCUGUUUGACCCAAAAUUAAUUUUACGCCGGAAUAUCCCUUUAAGUUUUUGGACUUCACAGCUGAGUAUAAGCUGCAUACACACUUUAACUCACUCUGACUGUGUGGAAAUCUGGUAAUAAAGAAAGGCAUUAUAAUGCAAGUUAAACGAAUGGAGUUGAAGAGUUAAAUGUGGCGUGAGUGUCAGCAAACGGUCAUGAGAUGGAACUGUGAAGGGGGUGAUUUCUCAGGACAGAAUUGUAUUCAAAGUUAUUUAAGGAGCUGCGGCAUGGCUAGCUGCUCCACCGGCCCCAUCAGCUAUGCAGCAGUAGUUCCUCCGUCAAGUCUUAAAGCUGAUGGAGACUGCUGAUAGUGACAGCACUGUUAGGAAAGUUGACGGUUGACACUUAUCUCUGUCUAGUCUCUGAAUUCUGAGCUGAGAUGAGGCAACCCCAGAGUUAUAUUAAGUUCACGUAAAGGCCACUGUAGCUUUUGUUGUUUCUGAUUAAAAGCACGAUUCAUUCUGAUUACGUGAGAUGCACUUUUUCUGGUCUUGGUGAUGUCAGCUGCUGAAAUCCAACACCGAACUAUAAAUAUCUGUGCUCUCCGCAGCAGGACCCCUGUUAACCCCUUGCAUCAAGUAUAAAUCUAGCUGUAUUGAUCCACUCUCUCCCGCCCUGCGUCUACACACUGCUAGCUUAGCACUGGGCUUGUUUAUUGGCGCUCACGCUGGUCAGCACCUUAUUGGCCUCACCUGGAGUCCUGCACCAGAAUCUGCUCUAAGCCCAGCUGUAUCAGCAGCUGCAGACAUAAUAAUCCUGUUGUUGAGGUGUUGGUCGGGCUCGUGGGCUGGGGAGGGGGGUGAAAGAGAGAGACUAAGUGCAUUUGCCCCCUCACCCAACCCUAUCCUGCUGCAGACUCACCUUUAACCCCCGGCUGGCUGCACCUCUCCCAAUCCCCUGCUGCUCUUUUCCAGUCCACUGCUCUGUGUGAAGAGAGGGAUGGAAAAAGAGAGAAACAGUCAAAGGGAUAAGGGCACAGUCGUGUGAGAGAAAGGAGAUAAAAGGCUGGGGGUAGACAAACGCAGACUGGUAAGAAAGGGGGUAAUAGAAAAAAAAAAUAUACGGGUUGCCAGGUUUGCUCCACUUUGAGAGAGGGAGAGAUUGGAAAGCUUGCAUGCCCAGACAACAGCCCUGAGGAACCAAGAUAAGAGGCGACCAGCAGUCAACAAUUACACCAUCAAUUUCCAACCUGGCUUUCACCUUCUCCUUUCACUCUUGUUCGAUCUUUCUCAUCUUUUGCUUCUUGGUAUUCUCUUUUCUCCUCUCUGCUUCCUGCUGCUAAGCUCCCUGUGUAGUGUAGUAAUAGAGCUCUCAACAAAGAACCUCACAUACACGCAAAGAAAACACACACUCACAUAUACACUGUAUUAUCCUCUGACACAUAUUCACACUCACAUUCAUGCUCUACUGGCAUGAAUAAAAGUUGUUCAGGAAUCGACUAAAAUAUAGAAAUACAGCACCUAGACUGCAUUGACUCCUACAAUUUUAUGUUACUCCAUUAUAUUUAUGAGGGAAACUAUUACCUUAACAUUUGCCCAUUAAAAUACACAUUUUGGGUUAAGAUUUUGUUAGUGUAAGGAAAAUUGAUGGAUUAGAGUUGGAGAACUUUUGGAAAAAUGUAUUAGCCUCGCAUGAGUACUUCUGUUUCCAUUAUUUAGUAUUUUUGUUAAGUACUAGAAUGAAAGUUUUGAUGCACUCAUAAAUGGUUAUUGAUAUGGCAGUAUAUCAUUGUCCUGACCUGUGUGACACAAUCAUUGAUGUUGACAUGGAUGGAGGCGAUGUGAAUGGCAGUUAAAGGUGCGCUGUGUAGUGUUUAGCGCCACCAAUGCCUCACUGGUGAUGGGAAGAGCAAGGGAGCUAUUCAACCUAGAGUCUAACCACUCAAUAAGUAUUCACAUUUAGGCCUGAGAAGAGGCAUAAUACCAGAGGGAGGCACUGGGGUGUCAGUCAGUGGUGAGAAGAAGCUUAGAGAUGUGCUACCCGAAGAAAGACAGGAAAGGCUAAUCCAGUUCUUUUUGCUCAAAUGAGUCAAAAGGUGGAGGGUGCACUCCAGUCUGCAGAGAGAGUCUUUCCCACCUGCAAAAGGUUGAUUUCCUAAAUGCAGAGUCCUACAUGAAAAUUACUGCAAACACAUACAUUUCUAUGUGAUACUAAUGUACCAGAAGAACAAGUUGAGCUAAAGCUUUUGGAGGUCUGGAAACCAACUACAAAGGAAUCAGCUGCAUUCACUGUUAUCCAGGCUUUAGCUGUAACAGUUACAAUCAUACAGGUUUACUUUAAAGCUCCUGUGAGGAACUUUCAGUUUGUGAACACUUCAGCACCCCUAGUGGUCAAAGAAGUCUUUGCUAAUUGUGUCCUCCGCAUGUGUAAAUCGUAUAAUUUGACAAAAACUCUCAUACCGCUGACUUUUGACAGUCAAAUGUAACAUCUAUUGUAAUGAGGCAGUUUCGAAAACGGACACCCACCCCUUUACUCUGGUUUUAAGCAUUAAAAAUAAGAGUAUAAAAAUCGUCAAUCUUGUCCCUGGUGGUCUUACUUGCUUUUGGACAUCAAUAUAAAUUUUAGCCUGUUUCAUAAAUGUCAAAAAAUUCUUACUGGAGCUUUAAAACAAGGUGAUAUUUCAAAGUUAAAGCAUUUAAUGUGAACAGGUUAUGUUUGUUGAUUUGUUCUGAAAUGUGUAACUUAAUUUCUGGUGGUCUAACAAACAUUUUCCAUCUUUCAAUGUGUUUUUAAUGGCUUUUAAGUGAGAAAAACAUCCCAAAAAUGUGUUCACUUCCAUAAAGCUUUGAUGGAUUGGCAAAAUUAAGCACUACUAAUGAAUCUGCAUUCCUGUAUGUGUUUACAUUUCACUUUGUUUCCCAUACCAAGCAAAGGCGGAGGGAUACAUAUGGGUGGUCAUAUGUUUGCUUUCUGGCAAACAAAACAAUAGCAGUGCACUUAAAUAUGACUGGAAUAAAUACACCCACAGAUCUGAUAUAGCAGCAUUGGCUGAACAUCAGAUUCCAUUUAUUUUAAACCCGGGAAAAGCUAAAUAUAACAUUAAAUUGCGCAAAAAUACAUCUUUACUUCCGUAGUGACGUUCAACACUCAAGAUCCUGAAUGAAAAGUUUUUCAAUGAGCCAAAGCAGCGACGCGCUACCGUUACUCUCUCUAACACACAAUCACAACAUCAGGCAAAAUGGGAGGCCAUGUGCAUUUUCUCACACACUUCAAAUUGUGUUAACGCAGUAACACAUGUGCGCGGUUGCAUACAGUUUCAUAGCCGCACACAAUCACUGACACAUUGCCUCUAUCCUUUCUCACACACACAAACACACACACACACACACACUCAUUCAGGCCUGUGGCAUAUGGAACAGUUUAUCCGGCAGUGUUAUUUUUUUUCUCUUACCUAUUAGGCAAAGUCUUUUUCAGGAACACCAGGGAGGAGAGAGAGGCAAAGUCUUUAUUAUGAUUUUUUUGCCUGAGGUUAGACCAGCCGUGGAGAACAAACACACACAUAGAGACGCGCACACACACAUACACACACACACACAACCAGGCUUACACACUGAGAAAAACCUCUGAGCCCCCUCCGCCUCUACGCUUCAGAAAAUCAAUAACACGUCUCUUUAAAAAAAGGCUGAAAACUAAUAGAAAGAGACAGUGAGGGAGUGAGAGGGGGAUGCUGAUGAACCCAAUAACACACACACACACACACACACACACACACACACGAAUAAUCACAUACACACACUCACUUAAUCUCUUUUCAUCUUGAUCAUUCAUUUUCUCUGCUGAUUUAGCUUUUUUCUCUGUCUGCCCCUCAGAAGAUAGAUAGAUAGAUAGAUAGAUAGAUAGAUAGAUAGAUAGAUAGAUAAGAAAAAUGAAGUGAAAAGAGUGUCAAUUUGAAGCAACUUAGUUUCUAAAUUUCUCCCUUUUUAAAAUUCAUUGACUGUCCAUCCUCCAUCCCUCCAUCCUCCAUCCCUUCAUCUGGCCUGUCCUCUCAUAUCUCUGCGGCUGAACAGCUCUGAUUUGUGUACCAGGAUUAAAUUCCUCAAAUUUGUCUUUCACUCCCUGUGGGAGAGGACCGUGCUUUUUAAUUAAUUGAUUUUGAAAUUAAGUUAGCUGCUGAGUGUGUGGGCUUGUGUGCGAGUGUGUGUGAGCAGGUGUGUGUAUGUGGGUAUCAGAGUGUAUGUGACUGUGUGUGUGUCUCUAUCUCUCUCUCCUUUUCCCCAGUGCUCAGCAGGCUAACAGAAGGGGUGUGGUUGUGUGUUUUGCAGAAUGUGUGCCUGUACUUAAAUCUACUUGUGAUUAUAGAGUCAGAAAAGCUAAAAGCGGCUGAAUUGAUGCUGAAUCUGAAUCAAAAAUAUCUAACUGAUGCCUAAAUUUCGGUUUUCUAGUGUGGUAUUUGCAGUUUCGUUGGAAAGCUUUGACAUGAAACUAACAGAGAGGUGCUAAAACAAACUGCAGUUCUCCGAGUGUCCACUUGAGGCUGUUUGCAGACACGCCAGAAACCAAGUGCAAACAAAUAAACAUGUGUACAGCCUGGUUCAAAUAACAGCUUCGGUCUGGUUAGCUCCAUCAGCAACAAGGAUAUUACAUUCAGCAUGAAAACAAACCGAUAUAAGGCCAAAAAUGUUGCAGAAGAUGUUCAUGCGCUUCAAGUUUGUUUACUGAAAGGGGAACCAUGAGGUGAGUUGAGGUAUCAGUCAAGCUUAAAGAGAAGGUAUCCUGUUGGGUCAGUGCUCAGUAUCAAAGGUUUGCCUAAUAAUGAGGUCGUGACCUGAUACUUCAUAGAUUUAGGGUCAGGCUGUAAAUGUUGAGGUCACAUGACAAGCUCAUGGCCUGCUGUUUGUCUCCACUUUGUUAAGAUGUCUCUAAAUUUAGUGUUGUGCGUUUUUGCUUCAGACUCGCUCUGGUUGUCCACCUUUUACGAAACUUUGUUCUUGAUUCGUAACUUUUCAGUGUUGAUGAAUCCCAAUGCUGACUUGAGCCUUGUCCGUCUCUUUCAAAAUGACACAAGCUCCUGUGACAAACUGUUGAAAUAAAAAAGGACAGUGGCAGAUAAGACGUAUCAUUUAACGCACAAGCAUGCGUUUUUUAUUAUUUGGAUAUAUUGUGAAAUUGUUACCUUACUUUGUGACAACCAUAUCACGACAAACACACCACUAUUAUUGUCUCAUUUUUCCUACGGUGGCAGCGAGCGCUGUAGGAUCAGCGGCGUUGAGAACAGAUACAGACUUGUCAAACGGCGCUGAGCCGCUGUGAUAAAUGGUAAUCAGAGCUUACAUGAAAAAGCCUUCUCCGAGCGUAAUUACAUCCUUCUUCAUCUCCCCACCAAACCACUUCACCUGUGUGCCUCCGUCUUCUUUUUUUUUUUAUUCCACCCAAGAUCAAAACCAAACUGCUGAGCUCCUCCUGAAGUGUUUUUUAACUGCAGCUGCUAAGAGUGGGUUGUUAAUAACGUGUAAGAUUACAGACUUUAUCAAGACGUCCUACUUGAUCAGACUUGAACCUGCAUUAAAGUGAAUCCAGUCCAGACAGAAAGUACAGAAAAUAUGAAUGAACUUCAGAUCUUAGCUUACUUUUUAAGUGUUUGUCAACUCUUUUUGACUUUUAAAAACUCGCCACGUUAAUUUGCAGUUCACGUCGAAGUUCAGUGUAACUUUAGAAGUGAUGGCUUACUGGAAAAGAAAACUAUUUUAAUUGGAUUGAGGAUGGUUUCAUUUAAUAAGAUCAGCAAACACAAGAACUGUUAAAAAAAAAAAAAGCCUCGUUCACUUAAAGGGAUAGUUCAGUUUUUUGAAGUAAGAGGUUACAGCUCUUUAAAUCCAACCACUAGAGGUGAGGCCAAUGCAACCGUGUAAUGUACCUCAUUCUUAGAAACUCCAACCCAAACACAGAUAUCAGUAAGUGUGAACUGCUGUUAGCAGGUUUUCAGCUCUUGAAUUAUUUACAGAAGUAUGUUCACCCCCGGCUACUACGGAGGCAGACAGUGUGCAAUCUCUCGAGCAUGUGCAGAGUUUCGCCCAGUAUCAAUCCAAUAAAGAGACAGUCUAAGCCAACAGAUAAUAUAGUUUAAGGUGAUGAAUAUUCCUUUUGCUGCUUAAACUUCAAAAAUUGGUAAAAAGUUGGAAAAACAGUCAAGGACCUCUGGGUGGUGAGCGAUGCAGACAGCAGCCACAUGUGAGCCACAGUUAUCCUCUCGUUCAGAAAGCCGUAAAUACUUUAUUUUAAUUGGAUUGAGGAUGAUUUCAUUUAAUGAGAUCAUGAAACAAAAGAGCUGUUUAAAAAAGAGCCUCGUUCACUUUGAGGGAUAUUUCAGUUACUUUUAAGUAAGAGUGUAAGAGAUUAUGGCUCUUUAAAUCCAUCCACUGCAAUUGAGACCAAUGCAACCGCAUAACAUACCUCAUUCUUUGAAACUCCAACCGAAACACUGAUAUCAGUAAGUGUGAACUGUUUUUAGCUGUUUUUCAGCUCUUGAAUUAUUUACAGAAGCGUGUCUAUACCUGACUACUAUGGAGGCAGACAGUGUGCAAACCUUUGAGCAUGUGCAGAGUGCUUAGCCCAGUAUCAGGCGGAAUACAUUAAAGAGACAAUCCAAGCCAAUAGCUGAUAUAGUUUAAGGUGAUAAAAUUUACUUUUUGCUGCUCAAACUUCUAUAAAUAAAAAAAAAUUUGAAAAACAGUCAAGGACCUGUGGGUGGUGAGUGAUGCAGACUGCAGCUACAUGCGAGCCACAGUUAUCCUCUGCUUCAGAAAGUCUAAAAUACUGUUGUUACAAAGCAAAGCACUGAGAUUUUCCCUGGAUGGAUUAUAUUUAUGCUGAAACUGAAGUUUGGGCCAGACUUUCUAAAAUUAAAUUAAAUUAGGUGGUACAAAUGGCCCGGUCUGCCCAGCUUCUGCCAGUCCUACAGCUGGUUUCUCAACAAAGGAGUGAUCUUCGGCGAUAAACACACUGAGUAUUGGAAAGUACGUCUUGUAACCUGACUUCAAAAAAACUGAGCCAUACUUUUAUGAGAUUUUCCAUUGUUUCUUUUUAUGAUCCCAGGCUAGAUCAGGAGGAGGGGGCUUUAACAGGAGACAUUAAGCAGCCUAUUCUGGUAAGAAGCCUAACUGAGCCAAUUAUAGUCAGUGUAAUAUGAGGGUUAUGUCGGGUGACUCUGCGCGUGCAGACCUGCGUGUGUUCACACUGUCAUAAUUACCAACCUGAGUCCACGUCUGUCUGUGUGUGUGUGUGCGAGCGCCCUGUGUAUGUGCUGCCCUAUGUGCUACUGUGUUGAUGAUUUCUCUUUGUUGCUCCUACACGAACACACGCUUUGUUUCACAGAGCUGUUGUGUUGCCGCCGAACGUCUCUUGUAUUAUGUAAAACACAAAACCGUCCUCUCUGGAGCCACGUCGGCCAUCCCAGCAUGCUGCCUCAGCGCUCGUAGUGUAUGAAGAUCGUGUUGCUCAUCAGCCGGCUGCUGCUGAGUGCGUCACGCUGCUGGUGGUGGAUCUGCUGCAUACUGUCAGGCCCACGCCGUCUGUCGCAGUGUGUUUGUGUGAGUCUGUGUGUGUGUGUGUCUUUUUCUCUCAUUCUUUGUGUAUCUGUGUGUGUGUGUGUUUGCUUUUGUUUCUCUGAGCCUGUGUGGUGGUUUCUUUGUGUCUGCAUCCAUCUGAAUGUGUGUUCACCUCGAGCAGCAUUCUCUUUGUGUCUGAAUGUGGGUGUGAAUGAGUCUGUGUACCUACUUCAGUGUGUGUUUUUCUGCCCUUGACUCUGUAUGUGUGUGUGUGUGUGUGUGUGUGUGUGUGGGUGCGCCGUUGUCUGAGUGCUUUGUGUCUGCGCCUCCUCCAGCGUUAUUAAUAAUAUAUUUCUGCAUGUUUUGUGUUUGUUUGCAUGAUCAUGAACACAUAUAUCGGAUGCACAAAGCUCCCGCUGCACUUUAACAUUUCUGCCGGGUGUUUUAAGCUUGGAGAUUAAGAUUUGUGCACGAACACACUUUACACACACACACAUGGCUGCAACCACAAACACAGACACAGUGAUGACAAGACUGACUCACAAAGGGGUUUGGGAAAGUGUGUGUUUGGAUCCGUGUGAAUGUGUUAGGGGGGUGGGCUUUGCUAGAUCAACAAACACAUGCGCUCCAGUAUUCGACACAUUCAUGCACACUGCUGUCACAUACUCUUUCUCUGCCAUACAUGCUGCAUCACACCUCCCACACACACUCUCUCAAACAAUCCUACACACAGAGAGAGAAACACACACACACAUGGUUUGGAAUCAAUACCCGGAGAUCAAAUGUUUGCAGUUAAGAUUUAAUGGAGUGUUUCUUUACCGUUCGGCUGUAGCUCGCAGUAUAAAACCCCGCACACGAGCAUACACCCUCAAACACCUGAGAAAGUGUGGCGGGAUCAGUUUUAGUCCCUGAUACCAAUGAUGAAGACGUCAGUGUGUAUUUCUGAGGCCGUGUGCUUGUGUUUUUGUUCACUCUGCAGCAGCAGCAGCAGUAGCAGCAAUUGAAGGGGGCAUAUUGACUUAUCGCUCCCAGCCUGGGGAAUGUGAGGAUGGUCAAUUCUUCAUCAUUUAUUUAGAUAGAGGGACUGCACAGGUAGACACUAUCAAGAGCUGAGAGAGACCAGGACCCCCCCAAAAAAGGCCCAGGAAUUGUCUAACGUUUUAGUGAGCAAAUAAAAGGUUCUUUUCACAAAACUGCAGUUCCUUUAUUUACCACUUGAGGCUGACUCCAAAAGCCAGGAAAUCCCCAUUAAUACCCAUUUUAACAGCAGUGUGCAAGAGAUGAUUUGGUUACAUCAAGACUUAAGAGCUAUAUAUAGAUUUACGUUAUGUAGGGCUUGAAUCUAUCGACCAAGAGAUGGGUAUGGUAUGGCCUGAGUUAGUCCCAGUUGGUCAACAAUUAAACUCUGGAACCAUCACUGACACAGAUGUCAACUUUUAUCGCUGUUAAUUCGGUUUGGAGCUGAAAUGUUUAUUUCACUUACUACUGAAAACCCCCAAAAUCAAAAUGUCCCAAACUAUAUUUAUUGAUCUUGUUUGAUACAUUAGAUGAUUUUGGAAACUGAUAAACUACAAGAGGACAUUUUUAUCAUUUAUUGGACUGUAUUCAGAUGUUUUUUUAAAGAAUUUGUCGAUCAUAUUGAUUUGAUAGAAGUAUUUAAAAGUAUAUAUCAAAUAUGAUAAAGUUUUACAGAUUACUGGAAAUCCGCUGAGGGCAUUUGCUCUGGCUCAAGUUGUCCGUGAUCCAUCUUACCAUGUAAGAGAUGGUUUGAAUCCUUCUUCCUUUCAGCAAAACAAAUGAAUUAUGGGUAAAGUUUCAACCUGACAACUUUAGAGACGUCCAAAUUUAACAGACCUAAAGGACUCAAAGUUGUUUUUUCCAUGUUGAUGUCCUUGUUCAAAGUUAAUUUAUGUAAAGUAAUGCUGAUAAUUAACAAUUUACAGAUUCAUGAAUAGUGUCCCGCUCUGGUAGUUUAUACAUAAUGUAAAGUCAUAUUAGGAAGAGUAGUAUUUCUUAACUUUAUAUCCAACAGAGAAUGCAAAUGAUAAAAAGUUUGACAUUUCAUUUCUCCGGUUAGGAAACUAUUCACAGCCUCAGAAAGUCCCUUCCUCGUAAAGUAAAGAAUUAAUCUUCUGAACACUCUCUUUUUUGUAUUAAUAUUGGGUUAAAACCCAGUGAACUUAAGGUGAGGCAGCACUAAGCCAUGCUAAAUGUCUCCAGAUGUUAGUGCAUAUUCAGAGUACAGAUAAUAAUAUAAGAGCGAGUGACUUUAUCCCUCAAGUUGACGUAUUAUUUCUUGAGGGAGACAAACAUCCAUUGGACAAGCUAUAGAAACUAGGAACCCAGGAUGUAAGGAGGCUAGAAGAUGCUCCAAGAGGCCAUUAUAAAAGGUGAGAGACUCAGAAAGUGCCAGUCGGAAAAAAAGGAGGAAAUGGAAACUGAAAUAAAUGAAAGAAUGUAGAAAAAAACUCUGAGAGUGAAUGGGAGCCAGAAAAGUGUCAAAGAUGAUAGAAAAAGUCUAAAAAAAAGUGAGAUUGUAGGAUGCAGAGAAGAAAAAGAAAACAUCCAAUGUGUCAGAUGAAAAAAACAGAGGCUGGAUGUGUGAUGUGUGUCGUCAGCAGCUCUGUGACUUCUGCUUUGUGACCGCAGACCUCCUCUGCACUUCAUUUAUUGUCACUUUUUAUUUGAUUUCCCUGCACCGCCGUCGUUCUCCCCUCCCUCUUUGCCACCCAGACACCCUGCUACUUCUGUUUUUUCCACUGCAGCAACAAAAUGGCCUAGUUUUUUUUUUUUCUUCUUUGCUCUAACCUUGACUUAGAGGGACAGACUGUACGGCUCUUUUACUCCUUUUCGGUGCUUUGAUGGGAUUGAAGAUUUCAACAUUUUGUAAAUCAUAGUUUGUAAAUCAAAGCUUUGCGGUUUGAGUAAGGAGUUUGUUUUCUAACAUCUGCUCACCAAAUUUGUCGACCUGGAAACGUGUUUACUUCAGAAGACCUCGGCAGUCAAUGUGCGAUACUAUGUGAAUGAAAAACGCGUUGAAGUGUCUUGAAUUUGACACAUUUAUUUUAAGCCAUAGCCGUUUUUAUUUGCACGCCGCUGAAACAGUCGGCCCACCACUGGCUUUGCUUAUGCGCAGAUGUGGCUUCAAUUUAGCAGACUGGAGACAUUUUUCCAUCUGAAGGAGACUGCUGAGCUUUUGAUUCGAAGGCUGACAGCGUGUGUCAGCUACCAGUGGGCUCUGCAUCCAUUCGGAGGCAGGUUUGUUUAUGUUGAUAUUAUUCAAAAUACUCUGCAAUUAGCGACGGAUGACGGAAAAUGUUGAAAAAACGUCCCAGUGACAAAGCUGCAUGUGUUGACAGUUUGUAGGAAUAAACAGCAGGUUUUAAAAGCCGAUCUUUAUGUUUUGGUUGGUGUAAUAUGAGGUGGAUUUUAUUGAGUCUCCAUCUGUGAUUGUAAUGUCGGUGAAGUUAUUUUCCUGCUUUUUUUUUUUUUUACUCUCUGGAGCAUCUGGAUCAUCAGCCUGAAAACACGGCAGUAAAACUCAUCUCAAGGCUCCUUUCUUAAACAGGGCUUGAAAUUAACUUUUUUACUUGGUGGCACCGGUGCCCCUGAUUUCAAAAAGUUCAGAGCAUCAGCGACAAUUUAACAACACCCUUGAAAAAUUAGGGAUCACUGACAUUUCUUGCUUUUGGCGCUCUCUCCAUGUUUGGUCAAGCUGUACUGCACUUAAAGCUGCACUUAAAACGCAUACAUCUGUGGCAAAUGCAGUCUUACCUACAACCUCAGUCCCACGGGCCUUAGAGUGAACACAGAGCACUGUGCCAUGUUCACAAUGGACCUAUUCACAGUCUUUUUGCCGCUCACUGGACUGACCUUUUGCACGUGACGUCACCGUGUCUGCCAGCCCACGCAUGGAAGCUAAAAGGGAUGUUACUUACUUGAUGCUUGUGCUUGAACUCUCUUAACCACACAUUUGCCGCUGUGAUCUAAAUAUUCAAGAGCAAUUAUCACCUGUUUUACAGGGUAGUAGCUGCUUAUGUGCUGAUAUACAAAGGCAUAUUACAGCUUUUGGUGUUUAUUUAAAUGCAUAUUUGAUGGCUUUUUUAUGAUAUUCAAACACAAACAUGACAUACAUUUAACUGGUUUUAAUAGACGGCAUCACAUCACUCCAAUUUUAGCCUCCCCUCACUGGCUUCCUGUCAGUUUUAGAAUUGAUUUUAAGAUUUUUAUCGAUUACGUUUAAGGCUCUUAUUAUUACACUUGCUUCCAAACAUAUUCUGAGGUUGUGCUGAUUAAAUUAUGGGAGCCUAUGCACCCAAAAUAGUUGCAGUUCUGGAUCCUCUUUUAGUAUUCGUAGUUCAUUUCAGCAUUAUGGAGUUUUUCAGAAUAAAAUUAGCUCUCUAUCAAGGCUUUCUUUUUGCAAUUUAAGUGUUAAAUUUCUUUAUCGAGCAGGAACGCUUAACACCAGCGAGCAUCAAUCUUCUAAAAUCUAAAUCUAAACCGUUUCACUAACCUCUCAUUUUCUCUCUCCCCACUUGAAAGAGAGAGGUUAUCCGUGCAGUAUUACAAGGCGAGCAAUCUGCCCGCAUCGAGCGGCCAGCAACUGCAUUAAACAGGUAGCAUUACACUUUAACACGGUUUCUCAGCGUCCAUUAUCGUGCCAUUGAUUCCAACUAAGCUCACAUUGAAAAUGGAUAAAAUGAAAGCGAGACGAGCCUUUGAGUGGAGAGUUUCAUCUCCAGCGGUCUGACAGUUUGAAGCACACCGUGUUUUUUGGCUCGGGGCCUGCUGUGAUCUCAUGACGAGGUGAUAUAAUCCUUGUUGGUCAUGGUGUCUGGGCUGCCAGUUGUUUACAAUUUAGUGAGUCACAGAGUGUGCGAUGAAUGUAAAUAUCUGGCGUCGCUUCACCUCCAUUUUAGAGGGAUCAUUGAAUUUGCAUCCAUGAACACACGCCAGAAAACAAGCCAACGUGAUGUGUUCUGGUAAAUAUAGUCUCCUCUAAGAUCACGAGGAUGCUGCAGUCAUUUCUUUUUUCGAUUUAGAAGAGGAAAAUGAGCCUUUUUUAAAAAAAAAAAUCUUAUUGAAGAUAUCCUAAAGGGUUUAGAGGUCAAAGUUCAUUCCCGCCACUGAGUUUGCUCAAACCCAACAGGGAACAUUUCAACGAUUUUACCCUCACUCACUGUGUUUUUUGCUAUCUCUCCCCGUCCACAUCAUCAGAAAGCAGCAUGAAAACCAUAAAAUAUUGUCGUUGAGUUGGAAAAAGAAAUUGCAUUUUAACCAAAAGUGAAAUGCAGCCUCUCCAGAGCGAAUGGCGAAACUCACUAGCUGUUCUUCAUUUACCGAGCAAAAACGACCCGCUGAGGUCGGGGGAGAGUCACGUGCUCUGGUCCUGAGCUCCCUUGCAGAUCGGGGCAUGACUUCCAAUUUAACUUGUGACAGGAUGUGCAUCGUGUCAGUUUCUGCAAGAAGAACAAGAAAAAAGUUGGUGUAAAAUGAUGGAGCACUCUGUGAUUAAACAUAUGCUCACUUCAUAAAGCUUUUAUUUGUUUGUUUUGCUUGAGCUUUGCUGUAGUAAACACUCUCUGUUAUGUAAUUCAUCCCCUCGAGGAUGCUCCGGAACAAGUGGCAUCAUGGGAAGUUACGUGUCUUGAAUUUGGCAGCAGCGGUUCGUCGGGAACGAGAGGGAGAAUGUGGUUUAGCCUGAUAGAGACAGACACUGCGGAUUUGAAGAAGGAAAGAGAGUGCCACCUACAGAAGCCCAAACUUCAUCAGCAGAACAUCCGAGUAUUAGCAGAGGAUUUUCCCCAAACAGAAUCCAACUAAAGCUGUGUUCACACUGGCAUUAACGCCGCAUGGAAAAACACAGCCGCCUAAUUCACUUAGAUGAGAAUUCUGACUCGUACAUUGGCGAUGUGGAUGCAGAGGGCUCUUCCAGACUGUGUUCUGCUUAUGCAAAGACAGGAACACAAGACGGCUGAUUAUAAGCCCCUGCUAUUAGCUUAAUUAGCCUGCCAGCUUCCUUCAUGUUCGGGAUCACCUUGAGGUCCAGUUCUAACCCAGAAAUAAUUCCCAUCCUUCUGUUCCCACUGCAUUGGCUCUCUGCAUGCAUGGACUUGUUUUAAUCAAGUCACACAUUUUUAGGCUGCAAAUGACUGGACCGUGUGGAUAGUCACAAGCACGGCAAGGGGUCAACAUUUAUAUCACAUGGUUGCCAAGGGCAACGGGGAUAAGUUUUGUAUAAACUGGGUUUUAUUAAAGGUGUCAGAUUGGGUAAAAGAAAGCAGCAGCAGGGUUUUCCUUUUGUGGAGGGUCACCAGAGGUAUUGAAAUGAAUAAUCACAGACGUAGAACCGUGUACAGGGUCCAGGAUUGAGAGCCAAACCCUCCCUGAGCCAACAAUUUUAAAUGAGGUCCCACAUUGGGUUAGGUGGGCUUCCACUGGGCCUGGGCUUAGCGUGGGCUUUGAAGUGAGCUGGAUUUGGAGUUGAAAUUGGCAGAGAAAAAUAUACAUAACAUUAGAAAAAAGACGAGAAUAAACACAGAUAUCGAGACUAAAUGGGCCCCAAGUGGGCUUAAUCCUCCCAUAUGGGCCUUAUAUGGAUCCCACUAAAGAACCUCUUAUUUAAGUACUUCGGCUGCUCACACAUUCAGAGCCGGCAACAGUGCAGUAAUGAAGUUCUGCUGGAACUGAACCCUCGCACGUACGCACUGCAUCUACAUAAUAUUGGUGUCCCAGCGUGCAAUUUAAUGAUGUGUUUAAGCUGCAGAAGCACCAGAGGCAAGCUGAAUGCACAACUUUGACACGCUUCAACAUACCUUAUCCUCAUACCCUAGAACCUAAACCUGAAACUGAUUUGUUGAUCAGUCCAAUUGGAAAUAGACUUUCAAAAUGCAAAUAAAAAUAUUAGUCCAAUGUCCAGUUAAAUUACUGAAUCAAGCUCUAAUGCUGCGUUCCACUUGUACUCGGAAGUCGGAAUUUCCAAGCUCCAAGUCGGAUAUUCAUCUAGAAUGCCCCCUGAAGUCGGAAGUCUUGAAAAGUUGUACAAUCCUCACCAACCUGACUUGACGACAACCACUAACAACAGCUGACAACAGCUAACGACAGCCGACAAUUGUUAACAACAGCUAACAGUAGGCGUCCAUCUUGGUUUUCUGACUUGUUUACUGGAACGCCGUCAACUUGGGCGUAACAUCAUUCCCAGCUCCAACAUCCGACUUCCGAGGGUAACUGGAACGCAGCAUAACUGUAGCUCCACUCAGCUGUGCAUGUAAACAUACUGUUGUGCUUCUGUAACCGUGGUAACAUAGUUGUACAGAGCGUCUUUAACUGAUACAAGCUCGAUAAGCAAUAUUGAGCCAUUGCAAGAAGACAGUAGGUAAGCUCUGUCAAAUACAGAGGAUGUGUUGGCAACAAGCUACGGACAGCUAACAGCUAAGUUAGCAGCCAGUUAGCUCUACUCCAGCCAACUUCUAGCCACCAUUGAUAUUCUUAUAGGCUUAAUUCAUGCAAAUCUAGAUGCGUGAAUGAAUAAUAUUUUAUGGCUUCAUUUGCGCUUCAAUGGUAAUCCCUGCCAAUUCAUCCAGUGGAAUUUAGGUAAUCCGACCUCCUCACUCACUUGCCUCCAGGCUAGCUCCUUUUUAUUCUGGUUUUAGUAAUUGAAAGAAAAGGUAUCAUGUAAUUCGAGGCACCCACACACCGACACAAUCAGUUUGUCCUCCAUUGUAGAUACCAGUGAACAACCAUCCGUUUUCUUGCGUCACCCGGCAACCUUCAUGCUGGGUAGUUAUUGCGACGCAAAUAUCCGCUCAAGUUGAGAUUCUCCCAAUUUGCGUCAUUCAUGCCGCCAAUUUCGUAGGAGUGUCUCAUUGCGACUUUGCAUUGAUUUAACAUUAAUUAAUUCACGUAAAUGAUUUUACUCACGCUUGGUGUGUGGAGACAGAAUACAUGCAGUGCACAUACAAACCCCCCUUUAGUCCUAUAGGUAACAUCUCUGAAGGAUUUUUUAAUGGAGUCUUGCAGGUAAAGUCUGGAUAAAAUUCAAGUGCUUUUUACAUGCAGCACCAUCUGGGUAAAGUCAGGGAAUUUGGGUGAUUUUUUUUGCAUGAGUGAAAAGGCCUCGAUGUUCUUGCUAAAGGGCACUCAGGCCUGCCAAAUGGUAGCAAAUAGGCUGUGAGCAUAAACAUACAUGAAUGGAUUUAUCAGGACUAACAGGACGCACAUGGAAAGUAACAUUUUUGCAGAAGUGCAUAUUUUUUGGUCUUUGAAGCCGGUGUUGUUUCUCUCUGCUAGACUCCACCUGACUCCCCCACACACGCAACACACACUCACACCUGUCCUCCUCCCUUAGGCACAACUUUUGGAGACCCAUCCCUCUCCUCUCCUGUCAGUGGGAACAAAUGAGCCGGGGCAUGUACCUUACUCUGUGUGUGUGUGUGUGUGUGUGUUUGUGUGCAGGACUAACUUCCUGUCUGCCUGGCCUUCCUCUCCUUUACUUCCACCCAAAACACACACACUCACUUGCACACACCUGUUCUGCACUGUUACCCUCUGACAGAUCACUGACAUGCUGUCUCUAGGCCAUUCUGCACUGUGUGUGUGUGUGCUUACGUGUGUGUGUGUUUGUGUGGUUACAGACAACCCCCUACUGUGUCUGUCUGGCAAAUGCCAUUUCUCAAGGAGGUAAAGAAGGCAGCGAGGGAAGGAGGGAGGGAGAGAGGGAGGGUGGGUGGGGUAAGGAUGGAGAGAGGGCGAGGGCCUUGAUGUGAGUGUGUUUGUUGUCAGGGGGUUUAUUAAUAAAGAUGACCUCAGCUGGAGCGGCACAGAGCCUGCGUGUGUGCUCCUGUGCGUGUGUAUGAUUAUUCCCUCUUCCUAACUCCUUGAUCAAGUCAAAUUAUCAUUAUUUAGAGAAGAGGAAUUCCAGUUUUAUGUAUUCAGGCAUAAAUUUCAAUGUGAUCCCCUUUCUUCUACGUCUCUCUGCUGUCAUUUUGUGGCAGCGGUCUGAAGUGGUUGCACUAUGUUUUCAUGCUCUCAUAAAGCAUCUUCGCGUGCCUGCAGACUCAUCUGUUUAUGUGUGUGCGGGUGGGAGAGGGAUUAUCCGUCUUGAUUUAACUCCUUUGUGUCUCGGCGUCCGGCGAUGUGAUUAUGUGCUUCAUUAUGUUGGGUUAAACAGGGCAAGUCCACCGCGUGCAUAUGUGUGUACAUAUGUCAGUUACCUGCUGUGUGUGUGUGUGGAGGAACAGAUGUCCUCACAAGAUGAGUUCAGACAAAGAUCUUCCUGCAGUCGCUUUAACUUCCAUCACAAGUACGACCGUUUGAUCGUUAAAAGAUCAGCUCAUAUGAACAAAAAGUCAUUGUUUCUCUUGAGCUCGUUCCUGGUUGGAUGGAUGAGUUUACUUUGGCUUAAAAAAGAGCACCAAAAAAGUGCAAGAUGUAAACCUAGCUGGCUCCAACUAGUGGAUGAAAACUUUGAACAAGGUUCAAGGCAGAUUGUGUGCAGAUUUGGAGAUGCAUGGUAAUGCAAAGUUGGGUAAAUCAUGCCCAGGAUCAGGUCUUAGCAUCCCUUAAAUAAAAGUUAUUUCCAAGAAUUUUAAAAGGGAUAUUCCAGCGUAACAUUAAUUUAGGAUCAAACACACUGUAACACUGAGUUGGACAACCCCUCGAGAGAUGAAUGUUGCCGACCGUUUGCUUUUCUAGUUUUACCAACUUUAGUAACGACCGCACGAUAGCAAUACACAGCACAGUAAAAUGAUUAGUAUAAUGAUUAUUACUUCAAAGAAAUAUUAAAGAAAUUAUCAUAAAUGUUCUUCCUUGAGCUGCGUCACCCCACUGUAGUCCGUAAUGGACUGGCCCAAGGUCUCGCUACAAACAAGCGGCUGUUGGAGGAGAGUAGGUGAGUUGUGUUUAGUCUCUUUGCUAAAGAAAUCAGGCAAAUUUAAAAAGAUGUUUGGUGGCUAGUGCUGUGGCUGGGACCCUAUAUGUACUGUUGAUGAAGUUAGGUGCUGUUCUGAGCAUUAUUUGUGGUUAUAGAGUGGUGUUUUGGUUGAGGUUUGUUUAUGGCUCCUCAGACUGCUGUGUAUUGCUAUCGUCAAUGUCUUGGGGUGUCUAACACCGGAAUAUCCCUUUAAGUCUAAAUUAGUUAGGCUGCAUUUGUCCCCUUUGUAAAAGUUAUUUUUCUGUUCAUUUCAGAAUUUUUUUAGUUUGUUUUCUUUAAUCCAGUCAAAUCAAAGUCAUGCUAAAUAGAUUUUUUCUCUGACUUUCAUUUGUCUUCUCACAGCAUGGUUCCUAAAAAAAGUGUUGAUCAGACUAAAGCUAAAAUCUUCAGGUUUUCUGUAAUUUUUGAAGUUGCCCUUUAAUCAGGAUUGGCAGAGCGGGAUGAGUUUGAUAAAUUGUUCGUUGAGUCAGGAGAUUUUGAGGUAGACAUGGUCAGUGGGAGGUGAUCUCAUUUGUUUAGCUGUCGAGCUCCCCUCUGCAUCCGUCCCCCAAGGCUGGAGCUGCAGCCUGAGCGGGGACAGCCAGCCAAACAGGGGGCCCCCAGGGGUCCGGCAGUUACCAUGGAGGGGGGGGGAGGGUGUUCCUGGAUUUGCCCUUCUGACUGCGGCGCCACGAGGAGCACAGAGGCCGCGAGGGACAGAGUUCUCGUGCAGGCUAGGAGAAUAAUAUAAUGAGUAAAUCCAUGAAGCUCACGCUGUAUUACACACAUGCAUUCACACAUGUAUACACAGAGGGGCGGAUGCAAAUACAGGCAUGUGCUGAAAUUCCCUCUACAAACACAAAACAGCAAGUGGGAAUAUGCAUGUGUGGGGCGAGCCUGGACUCACUCGGUCACACUCACAGGAAUAGAACCAUACAUCGAUCCACGCUCUGGUAUAUUACUCUUUAACCUUCCUCUCUGUCAAUAAUCCUCCACCCAUGUAGGGCUCCCUGGCUAUUUGCUAUUUCAGCUGCAGCUCCGACCCUCAGCCGGUUACAUUUUGUCGGACAGAUGGCAGCAGCAGUGAGAAGAAAGCUAAUGAAACAGGAUAUCCUCGCCUCUGGUUAUUCCAAGGCAGAGAAAGAGGAGGAAUGGCACUGGCUCUGACCUUGAGUGAGUCUAAAUAGCAUAAAAGAAGGACUGUAUGUUUACCUGGUGUACUUAUUCACUGGCCGGCGCCAUUGUUGUUGCCUACGCAGGACUUGAAAAUCGCUUUAUGUUCUCCAUAAUGGUUCAGGGUCUCCUUCAGGGAGACACUGAGUCACACCUGUUAUUCUUCUGGAGAGUGUAUUCACAUAUGAGAACUAAUGCAGUGAAAUCUGAAAGUGCUUUGAUGGAUUCUUCUCGACUUCUUAUAUGUUCAUUAAAAAAGAACACAGGAGAUGAUGGAACUCCACAGAAGGAGAUGUUUUUUUAUGGAUUAUAUAUGUACUUGGUAUGUGUAAUGAGGGCGUAGGUAUGGCAACAGUGACACGUAACGAAAGGGAAAAAUGUGGAGACUUCAAGAUAUUCUCUUUUUUUUUUUCUUUCUAUCUUCACCUUCAUCAAAAUUCCCGUCACUGCGUAUCUGUGCUUUCACAUCCUUCUGCCUGGCUUCCUUGAGGGAGUAUCUGAAGUUUUUUUUUUUUUGCCAGAGAACACAUUCAAUCUCAUCAAUCAAUCAAGAAACAGAAAUAAAAGAGAAAGAUAGUGUUUUGAAUUUGCAUUUUACUUCACAAAAAAAAGUUGGAGAAAGCUUUAAAUCAAGUUUCACCAAUGGGAACAGUAUUUAGCACCUUGGUUUCGCAGCAAGCAUCACAGUUUUCUCCGUCUCCUCCAUGAUUUUGUAGUCUGGUGGUGCACGCCACUCCCCACUGAGACUGAAGUAGCUAGACUUGCAAGAUCACACAGCAGUAUGGAGAUAUAUGUAUGUAGCAUCAGCAAUUUAUACAACAGAUUACUUUGUCUUUCUGCUGUCAAUUCGGGUAUCAUUAUAUGAUUUUGGUGCUUUUGCAUGAGUUGGUGGGCUACACAUUUAAUGCAUCUAUGAAAUUUGUACUUAAAUUAGAGUGACCAUAUUCUGAAUCCCCAAAAAGAGGACACGACUAGACGGGCGCAGAGUCACAGAGUCGCACAAAGUUAAUUUUGAGAGUUUUCUGGUUGAAUCAAGUGGUUUUUUAUGCGCUUCUAAUUUAGUAAGUCCACGUGACACAAACUCAAAACCACAGACAUUUGAAGGAUCUUAUAAUUUUCCCCAGACAAGGCCGGACAGCCCCCAAAAAAGAAGACAUGUUGGGGUAAAAGAGGACGUAUGGUCACCCUACUUAAAUUAGUAAAAUGGCUCUAAUUGUGUUUUAUUUUGUCAUGUUGUUAUUUAACAGGUUGUUAACAAUUGAAGGUUGAGUUGUGAGGGACUCAUACUGAUGCACAUGUGGUGUUUUAUUUUGUUGUAAGUUAGAUGCUCUUUCCAACCCUUCAUAUUCUGUUCAGUUUGACUUGUAUUCGACGCUGGCUUGUGGUUUCUGCUCCAAUGCUCCUAAACAUACAAAUAUAACCAACUUAACUGUCACGUGGCAGAGCUGGAAAACAGAAAAAGGACCCAAAACGCAUUUAUUUAAAAAGAACGAAAUGAAAAAACAACAAAAACUUUCUUUAAAAUACCCAAACUAAAAAAAUCCAAAAGGCAAAAUCCUACUAAAGACACAGGCAUACGCGCACACAUCGACAUACAAUGAACCAACGAGGACAGAGGGGAAGACAGGGACUAUAUACACACGGGGAAACGAGCAACAGGUGAGGCAGACAAGACACAGGUGAAACUCAUGAGUGAUUAACAAAGGAGGGAAAACUAGGGAAGUAAAACCAAACAAGAAACACAAGGAAUCAACUACUACAAAAUUAAACAGGAAACACAGAAAACUGAUCGAAAGAAUAAAACAAGACUGGACAACAGGGGAACAGAAACACAGGGAAAAACGCAAAGAAAAUACUAAAAUACACUCAAAUAACAAAACCAGGAAAAAAACAAAUCAAUAGAACAUAUCAUGAUAUUUGCUUUGUUAUUUACAUUUAGACUCACAUGAAACUCUCAGAAAUGAAGCAUUGACUCUUCAGGGCACGAAUCAGCUUUAAGCAGACAGAUCAUCAUAAUGCACACACCAGCUGAGAUCCAACAGUAAUAAUGAUCAUUUUAGGUAGAAAUGAUAACGAUUAGUCAGUUUCUUCAUCUGUUUUCCACCUGAGGCUGUAAACUCAAUGCUGAUGUUGCAAGAAACGACCUAACAUUUGCUUGCAAACAUUUUCAGCAUACUCAAACACAAUCAGCAUUCAGAUAUCUGACUACUCUAUGUUUUAUUUUCACUCUCUAUGUACUUUGUUUGGCUAUCGUGUUGAAACAAAACCCAAUAUAAAUGAAUCUUUGGCUCUGAAGUUACUCUUUGUUCUUCUGUUUCGCCAGCUUCCAGCAAACUUUGCGUGAUUGGCCUUUUGGUUUUUAUGAGGGGAGUGAAUUUAUGCUGCAGAAAAUUGAACUUUAUUUGUCGAAAACAGCUCAACAAACUAGAGAGAGAGAGAGAGCUAAUAAGAUCUGCAUGAGUCAACUAACAGGGGAAAAGUUGUGGACAGUCAAUGCCAGACAAGAAGUUAGAGCAUGGAGUUUAGCUUAAGGGAGCUGCAGAGUCAGACGAAAACUUCUUUCUGAAACCUUCAGUCUCUCAAUCGAUUUCCGACUGUGAGAUUUUUUUUUUAUUGUAGCUUUCAAGAACUUUUAAAAUAGUUCCAAAGGUAAAACCAAGUAGAGUCAUAUGUUAAAUUUGACACCUAUCGGCAUCACUCUGAAAUUCCCUUGCUUGUGUUUAUCCCGCAGCACUUCUUCGGCGUUAACGUUAUUACCUUCAAGGGAAAGUUGACUCUCCAGUUGACCCCCACAAAGACUGAACGGUGAGAAAAGCAGAACUCAGGAGUCAGAGCGGUGGAGCGAAAAGCCCCGCAUGAAACGCUGCAGAUUUUAUCAGAGAGCACAUACGCAGGAGGGAUUUGUUUGGCUUAUUUCUUUAUGAGACAAAUAUUGGGACUGGGCCUCGCGAAAGGCCAGGGCCCCUGCCAGAGCUUUACCAUCACAUUCUCCCUCUUAUGUAAACAGAUUUCUCCUACAACGAGCACAAAUGCAUGCGUGCACAUUGAGAUUUUGCAGCUCUUGCACUCACCGAGCAUUUUCUUUUAAUACACCUUAAAACUCCGUAACAGACUUAGACUAAUUCAGCUGAAUGAACUCGCCGCCCUCCUGUGGAGAUUUGAUUCCUUUUAACUCUCAGAGCAGAUAAAACCUUGAGGACUAUGUGCCCGUUAUAUAAAGCACUUUUGUGUGUUUUGUGGAUGUAUUGACAAAUGUGAGCCAUUGUGUUUCUCCCCCAGUUUAGCUCACACACCAGGUGCUUCUCAGCAUUUUGUGUCCUCUGUGGUUUUUCUGUGUGUUCUGGCACAGAGAGAAUAAUAAUCACAGCUCCACGGCUCAAACCAAUAUCUGCUGCCAAGAGCACCCGGCGCAGGUUCCCCCUGCAUCACACAGGAAAUGAGUGGAUGAUAGUGAAAGGGUCCCACUCAAAAUCACAAUCGCUUUAUCAGUCCACACCAAUACGUACAGAGGGGGUUUUUCUUGUGGCGCUGCAGAGACAAUAGGACUUCAAAACCGGCUCGUUCACGCUGCCAGGAAUUCGGUCGAUGUGUUCUGACCGACCGCAGAGCCGCUGCUGGCUUUGAUCGCAUCUGCGCUGUGAGCUGCAAACACCAAGUCCACAGCUGGCAGAGUGGGUAUUUUUCUCUGGAGGUGGUACUGUUGAAGGAGUCAUGUAACAGAAAUAGCUAAAAGUUUACAAUCCCUUUUAACAAUGGGUGCAACCAUUCUGCAUUUCAUUUUCAGUUAUUUCUUUUUAAUGAUUGAAGCGAGAGCUUUAGAGACUUUGCAUCUUUCCAUUUGGUGACUCUUACAAAACUAGAGAAGCACUCGGAGAGCGCAGACCUCCGCCAAGCAGCUCAUGUCCCCCCUUAAACAAGAAAUGCCCUGACCAGGAUUCGAACCCAGGAUCUUCUUGUUGGCAACAGUGCUAACCACUACACCACUGUGCCGCCCAUUGGUUAUCUUUCAGCAUUGAAAAUUCCAGCGACACCCUUAUUUUUGUGUGUUUGAGAAAGGAUUGUUUUUUGGUUAAUUUUUUCUUUAUUUUUAAAAAGUUGCAGGGCGAUGUCUUCUAAUAAUUUCUGGCGGCAUUAUGAUUAUGGCGGCAUAAACCUGCUUAUGGCCAGUUUUGGCUCAUUGUAAAUGAACAUUACAAGCUAAGACUUGGACAGCAAAAAAAUAAAUGGAUAUCCUGAAACAUUUCAAAAAGAUUCCACACAAAAGUGCAUUAGAAAAAGAAGAAGAAGAAAAUCACAUAUUGAUCUGGCUGCAUUGUGCACUUCCAAUCUGUUUUCAACCAUAACUUGGCCGGCCUUCAUCCUAGCAGCAGAGUGCUCCAUUGUUGAAAUUUCUAUUAACAAAAUGAUCCACUGAUGUAUAGAGAGAGAGUGUGUGGUGGCUGUCAUUGUACUGCCGACAUCUUUUUAGCAGCAGCAUUGAUAACCAAAGCAGUCUUUGGGUUCGGUCGAGAUCAUUCAAAAGCAGAAAUUCAAGAGGGACAAAGAUUUUUCACAAAGUUUUGAGUCUGAAGUUCUCUAACUUCACACCCACAAACUUCAGACUGGUGGAAAUAUGAAAGAUACGAAAGAGCCACAAUACAAAAAAUGUAAUCUGGCUGACUUCAAGCAGUCAAAUUUAUCAUCUAUUGAGAAUGUUUUAGGUUGAAAUUGUAAAAAAUAGCAGCUUGGCUUACACUCACCGCCUUCGCACCAGUUUCAGGCCCUAAAAUUCACAGUAGAAACAUUUUCAUCUUGUCUCUGAUAAUCUUGUUUGCUUUUGCAUAUCAUUAAAACGCAUUAAAAGUCUAUUUUAUUCACCCCUCACUCAAAUAAAGAUGAAAAGCUAUUUAAAAUGUAAUCCCAUUAACACAGGUUGACCCUCGAGUGAUGUAGCGGCAUAUUCUCCAAAACUUAUUGUUGUUGUAUCACCAGCAGCACUCGUGUGUGGAGUGAUUUUGACUCUUCAUCUGUCCAGGGUGAACCAGUUUAGCAUCUUUUAUCAGAAUUACACAUUGCACACGGUCCCUGCACACUUGAGUCACGGUUUGUUGACUAGAGAGGAUUGUUAUUACUGGCCAAAAUUAAAGACUUAAUUGAUUUUAUUGGCUAAAAAUGGCUGUAAAUGCAGGAGGCAACAUUUGCUUAAUAACAAGAUGUAUUACUUAUUGUACAGAAACUUUAAGCUUGGAAUAUCCUGGAAAAAGUUUUAUUUUUUGACCGGUCAUGUUAAUGCAGCUUCAGUUAAGUCUAAAAAGAUAUUUUGAUGGGAAAUAAAACUAAUUCCCGUGGUAAAAGUUGAGGUUUUCGCUGUGUAAACAUCUUCUGAUUGGCUGUCUGUCAUGCAGCGAGUGGAGAGCUUGUUUUAUAAAUACAAAUUUUUACGGUGCAACUGAAAAAUACUGCAAAGUGCACCAUUUUGCACUGAAUACAUAAAGUAAAAGCAAAGCAGGCAUAGGUUAAGAGGAAGACGAUCCAAUAGUAACUUGUUAAAAGGUGCAUUUAGCCACCUAUCGCAGCAGAAGUGGACAUACUUUUGUACAAUUAAAUUGCUAAAUGGAGCAACAACUAGUCAAAAGUUUUUUGAAAAUUGAUGAAUUAUUGACAAAGAAAUCAAAAAUGAAAAAAAAAAAUCCUGCAUUGAAUAAUUUCACUGGUGGUCUUAAGUGCUUUUGUAGCUCAUCUGUAUUCAUGACAGUGUUUAUAUUAGUAAUGAAAACCUGUCAUGCGAGCUCAUAUGUUCAAUUUCAGUCUGAUCCUUCGCCUCUCUAUCAUAAAAUACAAGUUUCCUUCAUAUCCUGACAUGUAAAAAGAGAUUCUUUUAUAACUGUUUAACCCAUAAAUUACUCUAAUCUGUGUCUGAGUCUAAGUGACAUCUACACAAAGUGGUACCAAAUUAUCAGCGUCAAGUAUUCGAUUCAGAAUUACACAUCUGUUAAAAUGUCAACAUCAAUCUUUAAAAGCCAGCCUUACAAGAAGAGUGUAAUCACAGAGCAAACACAAUAUUUCACAAACAGGCCAAAGCAUGAAGAGGACAGGUGCUAAACCCUCAGCUGUAUAUCAGUCAUUUCUAUGGUGCGCUGAAUAAUCGAUCCAGCAGUUGAAUAUAGAUUGACGACUCUCAUGAGGGAUCUCAGGGGGGAAUUGACUCUGCAGUGCCCCGCCGCUGAUAAUGGCCACAGCAAAAUAGCCGCCACCUCUAAUUGUAGCCUGUAAAUCACAACCAGCAAGUAAUAGGACGCACUUAAAGGGGUCAGAGUUUACAGCUAAAUCACUGCGAGUGGCAAAGACUCCGAAGUAAAGCUUUGCAGCUCAGUCUUGUUUUUUUCUUGUUUUCAUAAAGUGGUGGUGUCGAAGAAGUGGGUGGGGAGGUUGAAAGCUGGCGUUCAUCGCACAAAUCUGGAUUCGACCUUGGCCAGAUGUCCACCAAGAUGGAGAGUGGUGUGUGUACGGAUAUGCGUGUGUGCCUGUGUGUUUGUGUAUGUGUGUGUGAGUCCUCAGCCAGGUUUUGGGAAAGUACUUGGCUCUAAUAGGGACUGGCAGGCAUUUUGUUGGGCUUUAUUGCCACAUGCCUCUUCCAAUCCUGCUACUGAUUAGAGCUGCCGUUACUGGCACGCACACCCUCGCACCCUUACAAGACAGACCCACACACUUUGGCACGUGCUCAAAGCCGGGGCCUCAUGCAUGUGAUUAGCAUCCCAUCCUGUUGUCUUGCGCAGCGAUCAAACGGAGCUCAAAGUUGUGCUCUUGUCAAAGCAGAUCGGGGGGAAGUGACGGGUACAUCGUCACUCUACUUUUAUGCCGCUCAUCAGGGUGCUGUCAGCGGAGACAAUGUCAAAUCUGCCGCAGAGCAAUUAAAGGCCGGGUCUGCCACAAUUGGGCCUGAUGGAGAGGACUCGUAUCGUGGAACCAAGCUGGCUAACACACAAACACGCAUUUAGAUAAAAGGAUACACACUCUGCCAGGGAGAUAACACACAAGACAUCCACCCACAGACAUGCACACACGUAGGUUUCACACGCAUUUACAAUAAGCAUGCAGGCGAUUAGCUGGAGAAGUGCAGGUUUAAACUGUUAGUCAUUGCUGAUUCAUAAGCAGCUGGCUAGCCUCCACUCAGCUCCUGACUGUGCUGCCUGUCAAACACACAAGCAGCCGGCAGCUGGAAGCGCAUGUGUGUGCGUGGAUAUGUUUCUCCGUCUAUGUGUGUGUACGCAGGUGUUCUUGAAACCUUUCUUUUUAACCAAAAACCUCUCUGCUUCCCUUCCUCUCCACCCCUCUCCCUCCUCUUUGGCUUACCCUGUGCGGUUGCGAGCGCGCGCUUCGGUUUGUGUAGACGCGUGCGUGUGUGCUUUUUUUAUGUGUGCGAAUGUGUGAAUGUGGAGCCUUGCAGGGUUUUUGGCUGCUGCGUGCUCCUGGAUGAAGCGAAUGGAAAGCUGAGGUCUGGAUGACUUACUUAUUUAGGAAAAAUCCACCAGAGAUGGCCUCGUGUGCUGCAGUGCUGUCACCGAGUCCUGUGCGUUAAAAUUGUGUGUUUUUAUGAGUGUGAGUUCGCCCAGCUCCAUAGGAGAAGCAGCAGUAUUUUUCAUUUGAAAGGUUUUCUUCUUUAAAGUUGUUUUACCGCCUCUUCAGUCCCAGAUGGAGACGCUCGAUAAAGGGUUAAACACUCCACCAGAAGCAGUUUACACACACUUACACACACACUCACACGGACGCUCUCUGCUUAUAAGGUCUGUAACUCAUAGCCGUGAGCUUCCUCAUUAAAUCUAAAUUCACUUUCUUGCACAUUUAAUUAAACUAACCUGAUUUUGGAGGACCUGCCGUUGACGUAACUGGCUUUUCAUUUCCUCACGAGCAUCAGAAGAGGAAUUAUCCAUUCGGCGCUCGUUCCUCUUCCUUUAGAAAAGCGAGUCAAUAGCAGGAUUGGCAGCGUCACCGGCUAGUGAGAACCAUAAAGGAUUAAAUACUCUUUUAUGGGCCGAGAAAAUGUGACCACUUCUUUGGAUAAUUGAACUGUUUAAAUGCGAAGGUUGUUUAAAAGGCACGCCUUUUAGUAGCGCUGUCUGUCUUCUUAAACAUUUAAAGGCUGUUCACUCGCAUGUGCUUUAAACUAUCCAACCUCAUUAACAAAAGAGUUAGGACUCUUACAGAAUUUAAUGUUUUGUAACUUAUCUAAAUCUAUAUUUUGGAAAUAGCACAAAUGAAACUUGUUUUGUGAGGAAUUUAAACUCAUUUUUAAGUUUAGGUUGAAACAGUUGUGACAGAAUCAACAAAAUACUAAAAAGUUGUGUGGUACUUAAAAAAAAAGGAAGAACUUCUCUUUUUUGAGGUUAAUUUGCAACAGAUUGGGUAUAAAAGGGCGCUUAAGGACACCUAAGUCUCACAGAGAUUCACAACUGCAUAAUGAAGCAGUUCAGUGUUUCCAGAAUAAUCCCUCUGAGAACAAGUGCAAAGAAUUUGGGAUUAGAUAAUAUCGUUCAAAGAUUCAGAGAAUACAGAGACAACUCAGUGCAAAAACUCAUGACUCUGUAGUGGAAAUCACCGCAUCAUCUUAACAUCACAUUUAAAACCACUGUCUAUAAGCAGAGUUUAUUCCAGCAUCCACAAAUGUGGUUUAAAACCAUAAACAGCUGACACAUCUGGGAAGGCUUCAUUAUUGCUGAAUAAAACACACAGGUGUAGGAGAAACAUGUGCUACCAUCCAGAGAACCCUUUUUACAAGAGAGACUGAGAGAAAAAACAGGCAUUAGAGAGCUCUUUUGCACAGUAAACAUUUGUAUUUUUGUCUUUGCACACCUUUGCUAAAAUGAGUAACACCAUCACUUGAUUUUUACCUGAAAUAAUAAACCCAAGAAAAAGUACUUUUCAUCGAAAUAUAUCAAAAUAGUACAAUACAUGACAAAUUAAAGUAGUUUUCUUUUAUUUUUAACAAUGUCCAAAGGGAGGGGAAAAAAGUGCCAUGAGGGGACCGUAUAAAAAUGCAACAAAAUAGACUAAAUUAGACAUUCAUGAACAAAAAAAACCUUAAAAAACAUGAAAUAUUGAAACUAUAAACUUAGUUUCUUUUCCAUCCAUUCCUGGGGCAUUUGAGUCUUCCCUGGUCUUCCCACAAUAACAGCUGCAGGAGAGAGAACCAAAAUAUGGCAGAUUUGGAGAAAGUAAAAAUGACCCGCUGACUAAAAUAUUUCUUAUCACCUUAUGAAUGCCCUUAAAAAUCACUACUUUGUGAUAGUUAUUCAUAACCACUGCGCUAAAUAAAGAUAGCAUGCAAAUUCCUGGACCACUCUUACCGACCUUAUUCGCCUACAUGCAGCUAUCAAAUCCACCCAAACCUACUUUACCCUCGAUCACUAUUGCAAGGUGAAAAUCUCUGCGGUAGGAAAAAGCAGGUUUUAGAUCAGGGAAACAAAUAUGCCUUCAAAGAUGUCAAAGUCAACGCUGAAGCUACCCAGGGACCCAUGAUACUCAGACAAACACAACAUGAUGAAAAUCACGUAAACAUGUUUGGUCGGGUGAAAAUCACCCCGGCGAUAGUGCUCUAGGGUUAAAAUGAAAUAUAUAGUUUAAAUGAUUUGCAAAUCAUCCAAUCCUGUUUCUGUGAACAUUUUCCACGACGUCCCAGCUCUCAUGUAACCAGCGUUGUAAAACUGAUUUCCAGCUCCCUCCUCGUGAGAGUUCUGUGUAGGUUAACUUUCUGUGUUUGAUCAAUAAAGUGAACAUGAUGAACAUCAAAGCUUUCCCCGUCGAUACUGUGAGGAGCAUGUGUGUGCCGAGUGUGUCUGAGUUUCCAGUGUCUGCUUUAUUGACAGAGCAGGAUGAACUACGACGGUGUCAGAGGGUCUGCUGUUGCCUUUGUGUGCUCCCUCUGUGUAACACUAGCCGGCCCAUACGUUACUGACUGGGUCUGCUUGGCCCUCGGCGCUCUCAUUGUGAUUAGUGGGCCAUUGAUGUUGACAUGAAUCUUAGCUUCCACACACACACACACUCUGGUUCUUGUGUACGUGUGUGGCUUUAAGUUAUGUGAUCUGCAGUGAGAACCCUGGGAUCCAAUAAAAGUGCGCCUCAAGGGUUCAGGUGUGUGUAGCUUCAUGUUGACCAAUUCGUUUUCUUUUAUUUUCACAUCAGGUUUAAAAUUUAUAAACUGUACUGUAAAAUAAUUUCAUUUACAGACUAACUGCUUAAUCUGCUUUUAUACUUUUAUGUAACUUUCUUUCGUAUUUGCUCAGGGGGGAUGGUUUUGCAACAGUCACGAGGCAACAGUUUGAAUUUUCAUUUUGCAUAAGCUCUAAAUUUAUUGCUCUGCUGGCUGACAGGAUUAAGUUGUGAUGCUAACUGAAGCUUUUUUGUCCCUCUCACCAUGUACUUAUAAAAUUAAAUGAGGGUACAAUGAUGUCAUGGGAAAUAAGCCACUGAGGUCGAAUAGCAAGCUCUGAAAACUGCAAACAGACCGUCACGAGGCAGCGGCUGUAGCCUUUUCCCCACUUGCUUUGAAGACUGAUGGAUAUUUUUAUUCAGCAUUUUAUUCUUUAUGGAGUCUGGUGUUUUUAUUCUGAGACAAAUUGGUGUCUGAUUAAAAAGAUAUCAUUGUUGUGAAGCUAACAGGAGCUAACAUUUUUGCUAUGAUGUUUUUGAUUUGUCAUUAAGCAGAAAUCAAACGUGCAGGAACUCUUUUCUAUUGAUUGAUUUGAUAUAUGAUGCAUGAUAUACUUGCUUCCGCCAUUCAGGAUCAAUAAGAAUUGUUUAAUGGUUUUGACCAAUCAGAAUCAAGUAUAAGUAAGAAAGCUUGUGCUACCAAGAUGUCCCACCUCAGUACCGCUCAUAGACUAUAUAGAAUGGAUGCCGUCUGCCUCCUCGCUGGUUGAAGCUACUGCAAGAACAGCACCGUCUGGUGGUGGGCUGCAGUAUAGGUCAUAAAUCCCGCCUCCUCCAGCAAUCCCUAUGGAGCUGUGGACAAACUUUAGAAACUUAUCACACAGAAUAUAAAUGUUUCUCCCCGCCGCUUGUGAUGUUGACAUGUAGUUACAGUAAGACUGGUUUGUGGUCAAGUCCUCUUUUUUCUGUACAGCUCUGUUUUUAAAAGUUAUUAGGGGGUUCAUGUUUUCAAUGAUUGACACUUGAUACAGCCUAUGGGCGUACGAAGAUUGCAUAGCUCACCCAGGGGAUGCACUGUUUGAGCCGAGCGUCAUCACAGUGACUCUCCUGCCGAAUACGUGCAAUGCGAGUGCGCAAGUGGUGGUUCCAGGAAGUUGAGAAAACCUGAAAUACAGAGAGCAAUUCGCUACAAAUUCGUACAAUGACGGAAGGUGGAACCAAGUUAUCCAUGGUAUAUAAAGUCUAUGGGUGGCACCAAGAUGUCCCACCUCAGCACCGCCGUUAGAGGUUAUAACAUUUGUGAGAUUACAGAAAGAGAUCUCUGUGAACUGAUGGAGCAGUCAGGGCGGGACACUCUGAGUGUGUACAUGUCUUUUUGUGUUUAUCUAUUGCUUCUGCAUUGACAUAACGUAUUAUGGAAAAACACAAUGAAACACUAGUUAAAUCCUGUCAUGGGAUUUAUAGAAAAGAUUUGAGACUUAAUGAUGUUGGAGCUUCAAACUGUGCUGUAGCAGGUUUUAAAAAGGUCUCUGAGUAAUGUCUAAUUAGGCUUAAUUAGGGUCACAGCUGAUUUGACUGGCAGGUAUCAGUGGGGAGUCAGCAAUCCCAAAAGAGCAACCGCCAUUAAUAUAGAACCCAAUGGAUGGCAUCAUUUUUAUGGAUCUAUUCAAUGUUAAAAAUAAAAUCAAAUAAAAUUUUGGUACUUUUGGUUUUGGAGGGAAAAUUGAGGAUAAUUGGGUGUGAGAGCAAACUGAGAAAGACGCCACACAGUUUGGCAGGGCUGUACCAGCAAUUUCAUCCAGCAGUUUUCCCGCCCUGAUACAUACCCAGCUUUUUCUUUCAUUUACUCUGAAUGGGACCAUAAUUAACUAAAUAACAGAGGACUUUAAGCCGUGACCUCAAACACUGAGUUAUUUCACACAUCAAGCAAAAAGUAGUGUUUUUGCUUCUUAAACAUUUUCUCACACCUGUGGAGUUGACCUCCUGCAGAGCGUUAACAAAAAAACAACAUUUUUCAGACACCGUCCCUCGUUUUGCUUCACUUUUCAGACCAAAGGCAUCAUUAUCCUUUAUCUUUUAUUCCGUCUAUGUAUGGAUGGCUGAUUUUCUCUGCGCUGCUUUCUGAUGUAAUCAAGCCUCAAAACUUUCUCAGGGUUGAUGCAUUUUUUUGCAAGCAUACAAUACCAUGCAAUUAUAUUCAAUUAUAGCGUGUUUGUGAGUCUGUAUGUGAGUGUAGGAGAGUUGUUGUGUGUUUUUUCCCUGAAAGAGACAUUACAAUGAUUAAAGCAGCCUUGCUAAUCUCACACACAAAGUUCCUCCCCCGUCCUUCAUUAUCCCUCUCUUCUUCUUCUUCUCUCUCUCUCCUUUAGCCCAAUGUGA